GAGAGAGAGAGAGAGAGAGAGAGAGAGAGACGGUUGCAGAGCUGCCACCAAUACACACUCAGCCGACAAAAUCACCUGCGGAGAGAAACACCGCUCGUAACUCUGGAUCUCCCUCGUGGCUCUGGGAACAAGCACCACCACGUUGUUGUUGAUGCGCUUUUCUCCGGGAAGAAAGCCUGAACCGUGGAUAUCAGAGGGGGAAGGGGGCGCCCAAAUCUGUCCCUGUUUGUUUGAGGACGGGACCUUUUAGAAAGCUUAAGCAACAACAAUGGACCCCGUCUCCUCUGGGAACUCACUCCUGGAGCCGAGCUGUACACUCUCAUGGGAUUGCACCGUUUCAAACCUGGACCAGAUCCGCGUGUUUACUUGUUAAACUGUGUUUAGCGUCUCGUGGGAAGGGGCCGUCGGUCAGUUUGAGCUCGUCAUGCCCACUAGGAACAGGUACAACCUGGUGGACGAUUUGGCGGACUCGAGGAUCCCUCUCCACAAUGAGGAGGCGUACCAGCAUGGGAUUUAUUUCCAAGCCAAGGUGAAACACACUUAUAUCACAUAUUUUUUGCGUCUUUUUUCAUCGAGUUGAGAGUUGUGUUGUUUUGAAGCGGCAGGUGCACUGAGUCCUUUCAGUCUGGGUCCACCAUGAAGUUGUUGACGGCAUGGCUGCUACACACAUGCGAUUUGGGCUACAAGUCUAAUGUGAAAAUGUAGUUUAUGUGUCUGAAAACGUCAUCUGGAUGACAUAUUUAUUAAAAAUUGAAGCAGUCUUUUUUAUUUGAUAUCCACUAAAGUAUUGUAGUGCAUUUCCAGAGUUUUCUUAUCCAGCCUAAUGGUUCCCACCAAAAAUACUCAGGUUUUACUGACUUGGCCACCAUUCAAACCUUAAGGUAGUCAACUGUUUUAAUCAGGAAACAGUGGUUAAAGUAUGAAAAUGAAGGUGUGUUAUUGGUUCAAAAUUCAUAUUUAAGAGUGCUGGUUUCUUUAGCAUGUAAAAACAAAAAUGAAAGUAGUAUUUCAUGGCAUGUGGAAAAAAGAAGUCAUAAAUAUCUCGACAAUAACCGACACAUUGUGCAUACACCUAUUUUGGAAAGCUGCUCACACAACACAAGUCAUACUGGUUGAAAAAAUCCUUAUCUCCAGGGCAGGUUCAUGAACGCACCAUGAGAUGCUGAAUUUAAACACCUUAAAGUAGUCAAAAUAAUUCUAAAAAGUUAUCAAAAUAGGUACCAAAACAAAAACUGGUGUCUAGCACUGUAGUAUCACAAUGAAGCAGCAAGUAAGUGAGUAAGUAAGUAAUAAUAAUAAUAAUAAUAAUAAUAAUAAUGAUAAUAAAUGAAGUUUUUUUAACCUUUUUUUUGUCAUUUCCAGCCAAUCUUAAUUCAAGAUGACUUUCUUCCCCUUUGCAAAGAGGCACUAUAGCGCCCACAUUUCAUCAAAGAUAUUUCAUUUAGCCUUAAAGGGCGGAAAAUUAACACCGAUUUAGACACCCCCUUGAAAGAUAAAAGUUGCUGACUGCUUGUUUCUCUAGUUUUACUAACUUUAGUAAGGACCCCAUGAUAGCAAUACACAGUGGUCUGAGGAGCCAUAAACAAACCUCAACCAAAACGCCACUCUAUAGCUACAACUAAUGCUCAGAACAGCACCUAACUUCAUCAACAGUACAUAUAGGGUCCCAGCCAUAGUACUAGCCACCAAAUAUCUUUUGUAACUUUGCCUGAUUUCUUUAGCAAAGAGACUAAACACAACUCACCUACUCUCUUCCAGCAGCCGCUUGUUUGUAGUGAGACCUCAGGCCAGUCCAUUAUGGACUACAGUGGGGUGACGCAGCUCAAGGAAGAACAUUUAUGAUAAUUUUUUUAUCAUUUCCUUGAAGUAUUAAUCAUUUUGCACUGCAGACAUGGUGGUUCUUCUGCCUUAGCGUCUCAGUCUGAUUGCAUUUCCAUGAAGGGGGUGUCUAACUUGGUGUGACGGUGUGUUUGACCCUAAAUUAAUUUUACACUGGACUAUCCCUUUAAACUGCAUAAACCAGCUUAUUUUAUGUACAAAACAUCUGAUUCUUAUUGACGGUACACUGACUUCCAUUAGGGGAAAACCUUUUAUUUCCACAAUGUUCCCUGUACACCUGUUGUUGCACAAUGUAACUUCGGUUGAGCGGGUACUACCUCCUGGGAGAAGAAAGGCAAAGCUCUCUCACAGGAAGCCCUGAAGGCAAACACCUCCUGUUACCUCUCCUAGCAUUGUAUCCUCAGUAGAAACAUUAUGGUAGAGGUAAAGAGACUACAGAAAAUGUUCACAGAGAACAGAGGAAAAGAGAGUGCAAGCAGCCUAGAUAGACCUUAACUAAUCUCAGCCUGGUUUUUAGUCUUGACUGAGCUAGUGAUUUGCUCUGGACUACUUCAAGACUGCAAAACUACAGAAAAUAUCAAUUUUAGUUUUUGAUUUUGAUUCUUGACUCAAUGCAAAUGUGAUUUUUAAUUCAAACUAUUCCACAUGUUCUUUUGUUUUUACAUUUGGCUACUUAUUUCAGGGUUUAUUCCAGUCUGCUGUAAUUAAUUUAUUUAAUGACAUUAAAGGAAAAUGUGUUUUAGUUUCUUUAGCCUCUAUAUUUUUCACAUGAUUGCAAUGAUGUCAAUAUACAGAGGCAAAACUUAGACAAAAGAUAACAAUUGUUUUAUGCUUUACUUGCAAAACUAAAGCUUUUUUAGUACCUCACUGCAGUAUGUAGUAGUAUACAGAGUUACCCCCAGUCCUUGAUAGGACUGACAGUCUUUCUGGUCCUUCUACAGACUAGGAUUAGUGACAGUUAGAGCUAACUUGCUUAUGUUAGCUUCACAAAUGAUUAGACCAUGACUGACAAUCCUUACUGUAUCUGUUACAAGGUUCUGGUGAACACUAAACCAGCAGUGGGGUUACCAUGCUUAAACUGGCUGCUGGUGAAAAUUUAAGAAGUAUAAAAAUCACAUUUUUAACUUUUUAAAAUGUUUCAUGCUUGUACGAAUUAAGAAGUGUGCUCUAAAUAUGAAUCAAAUUUCCCCCUACCAUACAAAUACACUCUUAAUACAAGAUUCAUGGUAGUCAAAUAUACGUUUUUGGAAUAUCUGUAAGUCGAAAACAAAAUAUUGACCCUGCACAACAGAUACAAUGUAUAUAAAGGAUGUAGUCUUUUGGUUACAGCGAUUAGGCUAAUGCUACUUUGUACCUGUAUGCUUGCCACAAGUAUGCUUGGCUGAAACAGAUUGACAAAUGAGCUUUGGCCAUGGAAAAAAACCAAAACAAAAAGACUGUUUCUUCUACCUGUUGUCAAUCAUCUGGUCUGAUAGUACGAGUAUCUUUUGAAGUAAAUAACAGUCAGCAUAACUGUAUGGAGAAGCAAGCCAGAGUGUAAGCUAUACUGAAUGUAUUGCUUAAGAAGAGGUCACAGUAAAUACUUUAACCAGUUAAAAAAAGCUAUGCUAUUAACCUCUCCAUGGUCUUGUGUUCAGUUGAGGAAUAGGACUGAGGUUUUUGCUUGUGAUUCUGAAGAUAAUCAAGGCUGCGAAUGUAUGAGAUAACAUCUUCUAACCUGAGCGGUCUGAUUGUUUACUACAGUACGUCGGGAGUCUUGACGUGCCCAGACCCAACAGCCGGAUGGAGAUCGUGGCAGCCAUGAGGAGAAUCAGGGUAAGAUGAUUACUUCCCCCCAGAGAGUCUAAAACCAGAAUCGACAAACACAAACUACACACCUUUUAUCAUGGCGAUAAAAAUCACACAUACUGAAAAUGGAGUUUGAGGCUGUUUGAUGAGGUUUGUAUUGAGCUUGUGACGCUUUCACUGUCUGGACAAUUGAACUCUGCUUUUGGAAAAUGAAUAUGGGAUGAGUUUUGUGGGAAUAAAAAGAGUGAGUUGGAUGGUGUGGCGAGAGUAGAGUAGUUUAUCACCCAGUCUGUAUGUGAGAGUGCACAGUGUGUGUGCUAUCACAACUUUUAAUUAAAGUCAGACUGUGAGUUAUGAUAUUGUACUGAGCUAAUAGUUUUGAAAAAAAUGCCAUAAAUAAACUUUUUUCCUUUUGGCCUUAUUUGCUCUCUCUGUUUCGCCUUGCAUUGACUCGCCUCUCAUUGUUAUUCACACCAUUAUAUCAUAGUCAGCCCUUUUUCUUCUCAUGGAGCUCUGUCAAUGGUGUUACUAUGGGGAUCAUGUAAUCAUUUCCCCUCUUGUUGUCCCAGCAGGCCAGCAUUUCCCUUCAGAAGCUAACGCAGAGCCCUAUCAGACAACUGGGGCGGUUCUGCAAUUUGAGUGUGACUCAGUAGACCGGCUUGGCUCAGACACGACAAGGCUCUUAAGCCUGGCUGAGUGAACAUGCAGGAAAGAGAUGUGUGAUUUUUACCUUACAGAGCUACUCAAAAACCCAUGAUGUGCAUUAAUACGCUGAAAAAUUCAUCACUCCAGGGGUAGAACAUUUAAGCAGUUUUUGACUCACUUUAAAGAAUUCGACUUUGUUUUGGCUCAAAUAGUGUAAAAGAUUGGGUUCGUAGGUGGCAAUGUUGUUACAUUGAGUGUGAAACUGUGAGUGCGAGUGUAAAAUCACACAAAACAUGCUGCUGGGAAGAGAGUUUUUAAGCAGACAUAAAAACAAAUCCACCAAGAAAGUCUAUGAGAAAAGUUUUUGUAUGUUUGUGAGUAGGCUGAGAUUGCAGAUUGUGUACAUGAUUUCCUACAAUUCUCAAACUGAAAAAUCAAUACGGCUGUUAAGUAAAUACUGUCUUGAAGUUGAUGCACUACAGCCGAAGGCAGAGCAUGAAACAGCAGCUACAUGCAGGCAGGAAAGAAAAAAAAAAUAACAAUCAGAAAAAAACAACUUUAUCCAGUUUGUUUUAACAUCCAGCCAAUCCUUUCACGCACAAGUAUUUUUAGAAAAAAACACAUUAAAUCAUUAGCGAUUAUUUAUAUCUUUGGGGUUUGUGCUCAGAUAUGGAUGCAUACACUUUAUUUCUGUAUUUUUAGUCCCCCCUGAGAUCCAAAGAAAGGCUUGACUGAAUUAUUGAUGAGUUGGUCUAUUUAGGUUGUAACUCUCAGCCUAUUGUAAAGACUAUUUUUGCCUUUGAAUGGUUAAUGAAUAAAGCAGAGCACAGCUUUCUAGAGUCCCCUGUGACAGAUGUAAACAGCAGGGUUUGGCUGAUGGGAAAGACCAAUCUAUAAAAGACCCAACCUCUAGUUCAUCAAUAUGUCAUGUGUGUUUAAUGCUGUCUCUGCUGACAGGGAUGAGAUAGAUGCUGCUAUUUAUAGGCUUGCAUUAUUACUGUUUGCUGAGUGACUCUGGCUUAGUUUUUACCAUGUCAUGUCAUCUUGGUGUUUAAAGCUUUAAAAAGGACUGCAUCGAGCUGCGAGUCCAUGAGUGACAAGAUUGACGGUUUUAAUGUUGUGAUUUUUAACACUUGAAAAUGGUGUGAGGGGGCAGGUGUCAGCCAAGCAGCUGACGAAACAGCUCUUUAUUUCCCAUCCUCUAUUUGCAUUGAAUGAUAUAUUUGACUGACAUUAAGUGGCAGCAAGAGAUUUCUUUCUCAGAUGGCACAACUAAAGUGUGUACAAGACAUGAUAUGCAAAGACUCCUCUGCUUAUUGGAUGCGCCAAAUUGACACAAGCUUAACGUUCCUCACAAGAAAACACUGAUAGAAGUCAAACUGAAUUUCCUAGAUUGAAAUACGACCAAACUGCACUGUACCAAAAGAUACUAGCUCUCAUCUGUGUUUGUUUACAUCUGGGUAGUGGAGCAUUUUGCAUUAUAGCAGUAGCCAUCAAACCUAGCUACUGCUCUGACAAGAUGUAGAUGGAUACACACCUGCCAGGACACAACAAUGCAUUUUGAUUUUAUAGUUUGACCUGUAUUCCAUCUAUUAAAGGGAUAUUUCGGCGUAAAAUUAAUUUAGGGUCAAACACACCAUAACACUGAGUUAGACAUCCCCUCUAGGGAUCAAUGUUGCAGAUUUCUUGCUUCUCUAGUCAUUUCAUCAUGGAAAUGCAAUCAGACCGAGACACUAAGACAGAAAAACUAUCGCAUCUGCAGUGCAAAAUGACUAAUAUGGUGAUUAUUACUUCAAGGAAAUAAUAAAUUAAUGAUCAUAAAUGUUCUUCUUUGAGCUGCGACACCCCACUGUAGUCUGUAAUAGACUGGCCAGAGGUCUUGCUACAAACAAGCGGCUGCGGCUCUUUGCUAAAGAAAUCAGGCAGAGCUAAAAGAUGUUUGGUGGCUAGUGCUGUGGCUGGGACCCUAUAUGUACUGUUGAUGAGGUUAGGUGCUGUUCUGAGCAUUAUUUGUGGCUAUAGAGUGGCGUUUUGGUUGAGGUUUGUUUAUGGCUCCUCAGACCGCUGUGUAUUGCUAUCCUGCGGUUGUUGCUAAAGUUGGUAAAACUAGAGAAGCAAGCAGUUGGCAAUUUCAUCUCUCGAGGAGGUGUUUAAAUCGGUGUUACAGUGUGUUUGACCCGAAAUUAAUUUUACGCUGGAAUGUCCCUUUAACAUGGAGGAGGCAGGCUCAGAUACAGUCAGUAUGGAUGGUUUUGAAUGUUUUUGCUCCAGUCUUGGAUGGGCUGUCACAUCCUAUGACUGAAAACUUUACUCAAAAUAAAUGUGCCUCUUUCUCUUUAGUUUCUUCAUAAUGUCACUCAUAGCCAAAAAAUAGCGCCAACAUUAACUAUGCCUCUCUUACUUUAAGAAGACAAAGCAAAUGAUCCUUUGCCUGUUGCUUCAACUUUAUGUGAAACUGGUAUUGACCUUUUUUUGCCACUUUGCAGUAAAGUGACCAGGCAAGCCCUCUAAAAUGCGAAAAACAACUUAUUACCUCCGCCAAGGAGGUUAUGUUUUCGGUAGCGUUGGUUUGUUUUUUGGUUUGUCUGUUUGUCUGUUGGCAACUUUACGGAGGAAGUUACAGAUGCAUUGACCUGAAACAUCAUGAACAGUGAACAUACCAGUUUAAACACAAGUAAAAGUUAAUGAAAGACACACAACAGUAAAAGUUUUGGUGUGAAUCACACUAGAAAGGGGGGCAUGAGCUGCUUGGCGGAGGUCUGCGCUCUCCGAGUGCUUUUCUAAUUUUCAUUUGAAUGGUACAAAAGGCGAAAAAAAAAAAACCUCUGUUACACGCUGAUAUGUCACUUGGCAUACAAAAUUGUGUAUCGCAGUGGGAACAUUUCCAGUAAAAUAAAAGUUCAAUAAAUAUUUGAAAAGUCAUAAACUAUCUUUAUAAGUUAUUUAUGCUGCAGUAACACAGGUGUGUAUGCUAAGUGAACUAAAACUAGCUAUCGUGAGCUACAUUGUGUUUGUAUUUCUACUAAAUGUGAUAUCGUCUUGUUUGUGUAAAAACAGGAUUGUUUGUUUUGUAUUUGUUUAGAGGAAACAAGUUCUCCUUUUGGUGCUGGCCAACUUCCUUUUGGGCUCUCUUUAAGAAAAACAUGCUUUAGAGGGCGUGUAAAGACCGGUUGCAAAGUCAAAUGCAGUUAGCAUGUGUGGGGUAAGAUUGCCCAGACUUUCUCCUCAUCACUCUCCACCAAAGAAAAGGACUUUUCAGGCAGAGGACCACUCAGAGACUCUGAGCAAAGAGAGUGAGGAAUGAAGUGAUGGCAAUGGGAGAAAGACCUGAGAGGAAGUCCUGGCAUGGAGAGAGGUUGUGUGGUGGCUGGCAGAGGCGUAGUCGUUUCAUCUCCCUUUGGCUAAUCUCUUUAGUCUCAGUCGAUGUGAGAAAACAGAAGCAAACAUGAGAAGAGAGAGAGAGGCACAGUAGACAACAGCGGAUGAUCAUCUCAGAACAAACUGUGAAUCCGACAGAGUGGGGGGGCUGUGUACUCGCUGAGUCAAGACCUCCGCCGUUUAACAAACACACACACCUGCCACUCCCACAGAGAGAAAGUGAAAGGACCCAGUUUUGUACCCUGUGGAUCUUUUCAGAGUUUUUUUUUUUGUUAAAAUCUUCUCUCUUUAUGGCCGACUGCUCCUACUGUGCCGCCGUGUGAGAACUUGCUCCAUUCAGUUUGACCACUGGUAUAGAAACCACCCUGAGUGCAUUCACACACGCUUUUGCACAUAUGAGUGUGUGUUUGUGAGCUCUGGUGCUCCACAAUAGUGAGAGACCCUUUGCAUUCUAACAACCUCCAUAAUUGAUUAACGCAGCUGAAUGACAAAAGCCGGGGUGGCUGCAUCCCACAUGGCGAGGUGUAGUCGUCCACAGCUCACUGCCUCCGAAAAGGACAUGUGUAUAUACUGGAAUUUACUCAGGACACAAACAUGCAGUAUUUACAGGAGGGCCGUUGUGCCUCUCAAAAAAGAAACAUGUCAGAGGCUAUUCUCUCCUCUGUCAUCCCCCCCUCUCUCCCUCCACUUGUUUUCUUUCCACCCCUCACUCUCCUCCUACUAAAAUAGACCGUCUCAAUUUAGCCCAUCUCAACCCAUCUACUCAGUGCGGACAGGAAUAGAUUUUUUAGACUGAGGGCAAGCUAUGCAUGCUUCCCUUUGAAUUUUGAUCGGCUCUAAUGGGAUUUUAAGCCUCGCUCACAUGUCCGUCAGGAUGCAGCCUCCCUCCUCUGCCAGACUGCCAAGACUCCUGCUAAGAAAUUACAUGGCCCCCUUCUUUCUCCAUUUGUCCCCAUGCCUCCCAGGAGCGUCUCAUGGGAGCAUCUCUUGUGUUCCAUGUAAGAAAAUAAAACUUAACUCAAUUAUUAAUUUUCUUUUUCUUGUACUUUAAUUCCAGUUAGGGUCAGAUGAGUCCGUGUCAGUCUUCUGAGUGCAUGCUGAGCUGUCGUGUCUCAUUCAGGAGCAGAUGUUUAGUAGACAAGAUGGAUAUAGCAGGGAAAACAGGCCCUCCAGACUUUUGAAGAGUGAAACAGAUAUUUUUACUCUGUACUCAGUGUCCUUAAGAGUCUUUAGACUGAAACUGUGGAUGAAGAACCAAAAGAGAGGGAUGUUUCAUGGUAUAUAAGAGAAACUGCAGUGCAACCAUUAAGGUUUUGUCUAGUUGCUGCACAGGUGUGUCGGCUUCAAGCUCUUUUGCUGCUUAAGCAGAUGAAACAUCUACCUCGGAUAACUUCUGCACAAGUAACAGUCUGUUUAUGAGCCAAGACUCACACUGUUGAGAUAAAAGAAAUCUCAAUAAUGAUUGGCAUUAAGAGCAAUUUAAAAAAAAUACUUGUACCUGUAUAGGAUUGUUUUUCCGUUCUGCAUUAUACAUUGGGUUAUGAUAAACACAGAAAUGAAAUACUGUUGACUAUUCAUGGCAGUGACCAUUUUUUACUUUGCUUUUAUCCUGUUAUCCUUUUAUUAUCAGUAUGCAUUCUUCUUUAAUACUGGUGCCUGUCAGAGCUCUUUAAUAACACACUACCAUGCUGUAACCAAGACGUGAGGGAGCUGAAUAUAUUCCAAAUUAAUAUUCUACACUUGGACAAAAAAACGAAGCACAUUACAGAUAGAUGGACGAGGUGAUGGUGAAUAUUGAUACAGGUGCAGACGUGAAACAAAAACAGGAUAUUUAGAGUCUUGUGUUACUUUGAAGUAUAACUAUGAGGUCUAUGAGUGUUUGAAAUAAACUGCAGUCUGAGGUUCCAAUUACCAGACACAGAUUGUUUCUGAUACUUUGCUUCUUUUGUUGGUAGUUUAGGUAACGCCUUUACUGCUGCACUGGACUAAUUUUGUUACUGUGCCCUUUCUACAUUGGUAUGAUGCCAUAAUUUCACUUGAAUGUCAAGUUUCACAAAGGGAUUUUGUUUCAUUUUUUUGAAUUGCAAAAAAACCCAACACAUUAUAAUAAACAUCACAAUAUCUGAUAAAGUGAGAGAUACAAAUUUCCCCUGAAAGGUAAACUUCAAGGUUAAUGAUAUUAGUGUCACCAUAAGGAUUGGGAAGUGGUGAUAGGAAGUUAAAUUGGAGAGAAGUCUGUUUAAAGGGUCUUUUUUUGUUGUUGUUAAAUUUAAAUGCUAGCGAACAGUGAUGUGAUAGUUCUCAUGCACGAACCAGGAUGACAAUUUAUGGUAGUGUUUGUGUUUUGUCCCAAUUCUGAAGCUCAAUGUGAACUCAAAGUAACAUUCGAAGACAAGUGGUCAAGGUCAGACAUUAAACCGUCACCCAAACAUUAAAAUAACACUAUUAACUGCUUAUUUAAUGGAUAGGCUCAACUCUCUCAUGUAUUCAAAGGCUUCUUUUUUCAUUAUCAAUCAUCUGGUUUUCAGCUUAACUUCCAAAAACAUGUGCAUGUUACUCGUCUAGCCACCAUUUCUCUGUGCCCCUCUUCUUUUCAAUUCAGUCUUUAUGGUCAGACUUUGGCAGCCAUCCACACUAAUGCCCAGUCACGCCUGAGGGCUAGAGAACACACACACACACGGAUCAGUGAUAACAUCAUAUACAGUAUAGCUGCUAAUGAGUGUAAAAUACACCAAUGUGACCUUCUGUGCUAAAUCUCCAUCACAACAAAAGCUGUGUGACGGUCAAAUAUCAGCCCGUGGCAAAACUGAAAGACCACACAUGAAUGAUUAAUAACUACUAUUGGAUUGUAAUUUUGCAGAAUUGUAUGUCCCCACGUGUCCCAGAAAACUCGGAUUGAAAUGACAGCACAGCUUAACUCCAGGGGGGGUUCAGAUCUAUGGCAGAACAGGGUGUUGUUUGGCAUGAACUCUCAAGAGUGAAUUGGGGGCAUGUUGUAUUUAGGGAGGCAUGACACAUAUUGGGGGGCAUUGUUUUCACUUUGUGGCCUAUUCAUGCUAGCUUAAUGGCAGAUGUACAGUUGCAUAGUGGGUGACCUAUAUGUGAACUGGAUUAGAUUCGAUGUUAGCUUUCAAAGGAUGCAGUCAGCCUUUGUUUACCAACCCCCCCCUCAAAGAACUGGUGUCCCAUUCUUGUCUAUUAACAAUCACUUAAAAGUGAGUCACUGAUCUUCUGCAUGAUCUGCUGUAUUUAAAAAGAGGGACAUUUAUCUGGGAGUCUUCACAGAUAAGAGGUUCAAGAGCUCGGUAUUAUACUUUGAGUACAAGCAGGACUGGUUGCUGAACUACAGACUAGCAACUAGGGCUGAGUGAUAUGGCCUCAAAUCAGUAUCACGAUAUAUUGAGCAGUUCACCUCGAUCAUGAAAGAUGGAUGAUAACUACUCCACAAGCUGCUCACCCCCUCUAACUUUGUCUACUUCAGCUGCCGCUCCAGCCGCUCCAACUUUUGAACUGUCCUCCAUUUCCUCACCUGUCUUUCCCUCUUUGUUACGGACUGGAUGGAGUGGAUUCAUGUCUCUGAAGUAGGACAGCUUCUCUAAGGGACAUGAGACCAAAGCCUACCUACACACAUCCAAAACCAACUUCUAUUUAUUUUAUUUUUUUAAACCAAAUGUAUUGACAUGGGCAAAAUGACGUUGGUUAUUGUCGUAAAUUUUGGUACCGGUAAAUUUUCGGUUUAUUGCCCAGCCCUACUAGCAAGUUGGAUUGAUGUUAACUAUCACUUACACCCGAGGGGCUGCUGUAUCUGUAAAAACCUGUCUGAAGGCUCUGAACAAGAGCUUUUAAGUGAUGAUAUAACAGCAGGAAAUUUAACUGCAUCAAACGUUAAACAGCUGUAAUGGCAUAACUGUUGAGUUGUUCCAUGACUACAAAGCUGUGUGAAAAUUAACACCCCAAAGCAGUCAAAGUGAAGUGAUAUAGGCAGAGGCUGAAUAGUACCAUAAUGAGGAUGCCAGUUUAAGAAAAGUUAGUUUUUUUUUAGCUGCAAAUCAGGCAAACUCUGUAUUUCACAUUGUCAUCAUAGUUUAGCAGUAAUGCUGUCUUUAAAUUGACAGAGAUGUGAGUAAAUAUACUCAAGAAAUGCCAUGAAUUUGCUCUUUUAACUUUUGGAUUUAAGGCCCAUAAUAAGGGGUGGGAAUCACUCGUGGCCCUACGAUACAAUAUUAUUACGAUAAUUGGGCCAUGAUACGAUAUUAUUGCGAUUUUAACAUUUCGCAGUACAGAAAGUAUUAUGAUACCUUAUAUUGUAAUUUAUACAAUUUUUUCAACUGUUUAGUUAAUUAAGCAUUUGUCUUUUCUUUAUGUCUAUCUUAUUUACACAGUAUUUUAUUUCAUGUAGUACAUCUUGUAAACCUUAUAUUUGUUGUACUAACUGUCUCCUGCUCAGUGAUUUCACCUCUGCCAACCUCACUGGACAAACAGUUGAUUUUAUUUUUCAAUUAUCAUAGAUUUGACUUCAUAUUAGCAAUUAAUUAAAAAAAAAAUCAAUACUUGGUAAAUGAGAUGAUAUGAUAUAUCACCAGACAAAAUAUCGCGAUACUAUGCUGUAUCGAUUUUUUUCUCCCACCCCUACCUAUAAUUACAACUACGGUUGAAUUAUAGAUGUGUUUUUUCAGGCUCUUUGAGAAACAACCAUCUCAGUCAUUUUUCAAUUAGAAAUUUCAAACAAUCGCUGGUCAAGUCUUCUUAAUACUUGAACUUGCAACUUUUCUUUUUUUAUUGUUAAUACUAGAUAAGUCUUGAUAUUUUGUCUGUAGGCUGGUCUAAAAAGGUGAUUUGAAGAUGUUAUUCUUGACUUCAGGUAACUGAUAACCAUAGUAACAGUUUUUCAAAAUCAUGAAAGUUGUCGACAGUUUUCAACAAAAAUGAUCACAGGCUGUGAAACCUGAUGCAUCCUAGAAGAAGUGAGAUGAGAAACCUGAUUUCACCAGCAGCCCUCUGAGUCCCAAAACAUCACCCCUGUGAAGAGAUUUCUGCUCCUGCUGCAGUUGAAAGCUAUGUUUUACCUUUGAAAGAUGCAUAGAGUCGUUUUAAUGCACACUUGAGUUAAUAGCAGGUUAUGUAAGCCUCUUCUUUUUUGCUUUGCUCGUGCUUUUUCCCACACUUGUGUGCUGUUGGUUAAAUACACUGCAGGGACAGCAGGUCUUUACUCACAUGGAUGGACAGACAGGUGGUGAGUGGUCCCUGCCUCCUCUACUAGCAGCAUGUCGCACGCAUAAAAUCACACACACACACACACACACACACAGGCUUCUGCUUUCAUCAUCCGCCCUGAAGCUGUGCCAUGUCUUUCAGCACUACAAUUAGUCAAGCUUUAUAUACUCUGAUCCUCUCUACCCACGCUCUCCCAAAACAAGCCCCAUGCUAAGAAAAAGACAUCACUAAAGCCAUGAACUCAAUCCUCCUGCAGCGCCUGAAGGCACAUUUUCUUCAGAGACAUUCCCAGACCAUUGAUAUCUGCAGCCUCAGCAUAUAGUGGAGAUAGCCAGGGUUUUAUUUGCUCAGUGCAAUUCAUAAAUUUAUGCAGUGUGUUGUUUGUAGCAUUUGGAAAAAGGGUGUUUUUUUUUCAAGAACAACACAAGAGAAGUGUGGGACUCAGCUUUUUCUAUCAGACAGACAGAUAAGUGUCUUAAAUCAAAUGAUUAGUGUUGGCAUUUUUAACCAGGUCAGCUCCAUAUAGGGUCAGGAUUAUUUUUUUUCGCAAUAUGUCAGCAAGUCAGAGCUGUUAGUAACAUUUCAGUAUAAAGGUCCAGGUCCUGAAACCUGCCUGUUACUGUUGUUGCUGCUGCCAAGCAGUCUGUCACUAAUCUCAACUACAAACACAGCAUUAGUCAACAAAGCAAAGGCUGGACAUGUGUCAGUGUAUAGGGUGGGUGAUGUUAGUGUGCCUCUGUGUAUGUGUAUGUGUUUGUGUUUCCAUACCUGCAUGUUGGCAGCCAUGCAGGCAUCCAGGCGUUCCUAUGUCCUUGGGUUUACACAGACUGCCAUAUGGACAGUGUGAGGGUGGAAAUUCCUAUAGAUGUAUAAGGCUAGGACAAAGUUACAGGCAGCUUGUAUAAGAGGAUAAGAGGACCACCCGGCUUGUUAUUAGAGCACAGUUUAAAUGCCAGUAUUCAUGACGGUGUGGAGAUGCAGCGUCAAGGCACGGGUAGCUUACACAUCCAGGAACGCACCAUUAAUACUGAAUACGCUCCAGGUUUUAAAGCAGACAAAACCUUUCCAGAGAAGAUCUUCUAGUUUCCCUGUAUUACAACAGCAUGACUCCAUAGUACAGGUGUCUGGGUGCUAAGCUGGCCGCCUGCAGUCCUGACUUGUCGCCUUGUAAAAGAAUGUGGCACAUCAUAAAAGGAAAAUAUGAUUCAGGAGAUCCUGAACUGUUCAGCAGCUGAACUACUGUUUCAGGCAAGAAGGGGACUCUGUAUAUCACUCUUAAAACGACCUUUACUUUUCCCCACAGCAUGUUGUUCAAACAGAAGUUCGAGUUGUAGCAUUGGUGCACCCAAGUUAAAUAAGUUUGGAGAACAAGCCACUCAACAAAAAUGUAUCCAUAUUAUCCGCACACUUGUCUUGAUAUCUCUUGUGUUUGGCCCUCUUUCUGUCUUCAUAAAAAAUGAAAAAAAAAAAGUAAUAUCAGUUAUAUAUAUUGGCUGGUAUUGGUCGACAACUAUUUCAUUACUUAAAGGUGGUGUAGGCUGGAUCUGAGGAAGUGCCAGUUUUUGUGGAGAAACCUUGAAUGUAAACACUACCCCUCCCAACCAGUUUUCCCCUCAGCUCCUCCUCUCCCCUCCCUCUCUGCUCCAGCAAGCCCCGCCCUAAAACAGACGCUCCUGCUCGAUCGUAUAGUUUCAAUUAAAUUCAGAUAUAAUGCAGAUAAAUACUUCAGAUAAUUACAAAUGGGGUCCAGUUAACAUCAAAGUAAAAAGCAUUGGUGCUACUGUAGAUGCCAACAGACUACCAGCAAACACAAUGUUUGCAGGACUUCUACAACUAGGAUAAAGUGACCAGGACCCGAGGGAAACAGUUUAGAGGUGCUACAACACGCGGCAGGUCCCGUUUGAAAAGAAACACUUUUGUUACAGACACUUCAAGAUUUGGUCUUAAAAAAUUCUUCUCCUAAAAGUUGUCCUGGUACAGUGCCAUGGUGAACUCCUGAAAAUUUCUCUUGUAACAUCAAGAGAAGUCAACAUUGAGGUCAGGGCUUCUUCAUUUCUUCCCCUUUUCUCAUGCUGGCCUCUGUGUCUUAUUUGCUUUUAGUAUUUCUCUAAUCUGUACAAGAAAAUUUAACCCUGCUGGAUUUGUAGCAACUACAUGCAGCUACAGAACAGAUGAAAACUCUUUUAAUAUUUUGUAUAAACUUGAAUUUAAUCUCUGUUUUCUAUUUUCAAACCAAGUUGUUGUUAUUCAAAGUAAUUCCAUUUUGUUGCUUUUUUUCUGUUUCUUUAAAAUUAUUUCCGGAUUGUAAGUUGUGCCCCUCUGCCUGGCAGCGCUCUUUCUUAGCAUGAGUAGGCAGAUAAACUAGGUCUAUUGUAUUACGGUAUCGUUUGUUGGAUAAUGAUUGAGGAAAGCGCUGCAGGCUUUAGAGCUGGCAGAUAGGCUGCCCUACUUCUAAAUGAUAUUUGGAGUUGUCAGUGUGUGUGUGUGUGUGUGUGUGUGUGUGUGUGUGUGUGUGUGUAGAUGUGUAUAGGUGUGUGUGUGUGUGUGUGCAGUCAUCUCACUCCUCUCAUCUUGUUCCAGCGCGCUGCAUGGGAAAGCCUCAAGGUUUCGUUCUUCUUCUCCCAUCAUUCAAGAUCUCCUCCUUGCACCGACUCCUUUAUUUGUCUCGCCACCUUCACGCCUCUUUCAUCGUAGCUACAUUUAUUCUGCACUCUUCUUCUCUUGUCUCAGUGUGUGAUUGUUUAAACAUGCAGGAGGCAGACAGGGUCUAAAAGCGCUGAUGCCGAGCUGACAGUAAAUCGUUACCGGCUUCCUGAUGUGACAUCUCUAUUAGCUACUUACAGACAUCAGAUAUUCCUGGAUAAAACUCAUUUCUGUGGAAUAUUUGGGAAUAAUUAAAAAACCACAUACACACACAUACAACUACCACAUACAAGAAAAAUAUUCAGUCUGAUAACAAGGCUAAAAAAGGUUUUUAAUAAAGGCAUAUGUGCUGCUAGUGAACGAGACCAUGCGUUAAAUUGUCACUGAUGUCUGAUAAAUUGUACCAAAUUGUAAAUUCUGCAGUCCACCAUUAGUCAAAGGGAGACACAACUUCCCCGUGUUCCCAAACUUAGUUUCACAUUGAUGCGAGCUACUUAUGAUGAAGUAAAAGUGAGAGCUGAUGGAGCAGAGAGACUUGCCCUCGUUCUGCUGUUGAAAAAGAUAGAAAGGGUGCACUUCAUUCAAAGUACAGGACUUAACUGGGGCGACACAGCAGGCGACACAAUAUCAUUCAGUCUUGAUCGUUAUACUUUCAUGUUUGUGGGCGGGCAAACUCGUCAAUGAAAACUGAUAAAUUAUACUUCAUUUUACUAGAAGUUCCACCUCUGACAAGGCAAAUAGCUUCAUAAGCUAGUGUAAUAAUGUUUAUUUAUUUAGGUAUAGUAAUAAGACAGGGUAAGAUAAUCCUUUAUCAUUCCCACAGAAAAUUUAGAAUAGUAUUGCAGGUAUGGCCUCAAAUCAAUAUCACAAUAUAUUGAGCAGUUCACCCCAGUAAUGAUAAAUGGACAAUAACUACUCCACAAGCUGCUCCCCCCUCCCACAUUAACUUCGUCUACCUCAGUCGCUGCUCCAGCUGCUACAACUUUUGAACUGUCCUCCAUCUCCUCACCUGUCUCUCCCUCUUUGUUAUGGACUGGAUGGGGUGGAGUCACGUCUCCAAUGUAGGACAGCAUCUUGAAGGGACAUGAGACUAUAUCCUACCUACUCACAUCCAAAAUCUACUUUUAUUUAGUUAUUCUUUGACACCAAAUAUACCAAUAUGGGCAAAAUGACGUUGGUUAUUGUUGUAAAUUUCGGUAUCAGCAAAUUUUCGGUUUAUCUCCUAGUCCUAUUUCCAUAUAUAGGCUCUAGGAGCUGAGAUCAAGCAGCCAACUUACCUGUUAAGAGAAGGCUGACUCUUCAAGUGAACCACAGGUGAUUUGUAAGACAAGUCAAAGUAAGUCAAACUAUGGCACUUAAAAACUGUACAUUUAAAAGCAAAUUCUAAGAUUAAAUGCAAAAAAAAAAACAAAAAAAACCUGAAAAAUGUCAUUAACAAGGACUAACUUUAUAUUCAAGGAGGAAUGUGUAAAUUUUUUAAAUUAUAUGUACCCUGUUUUUACUUGUUUUUUUAAUCUCCAUCUCUUCACCUGUCUUUCCCUCUUUGUGACGGACUGGAUGGUGCGGAGUCAUGUCUCUGAUGUAGGACAGCAUCUUAAAGGGACAUGAGACCAUAGCCUACCUACACACAUCUAAAACCAUCUUCUAUUUAUUUAUUUUUUUGACACAGAAUAUAUUCACAUUGGCAAAAUGACAUUGGUUAUUGUCGUAAAUUUCGGUAUCGGUAAAUUUUCGGUUUAUUGCCCAGCCUUAAUUGCAGGAAAGGCAAAAACAGUGACUUUUUGAAAUAUAUUACUCAAAUAAAAGCCAGAAUCAUCUCGAUAACUACAACCCUACUUUUAUUUUUGUAAAGUAUUUUAUUACUUUUUCUCCCCCAGCUCCUUGAAAAGCAAACAAGACCAUCAGUGACAAGAAUAACAUAACCACUGUAAAGAUGUCAUUUCUAGACAUUUUCCCAUGCUCUGAAGAACAAGACUCAAUAAAUAUUUCAGUUUUAAGCGGCAUUGAGUUGUAUGCUAAGAAUUUCAUAGAAUAGCUGCUCCCCUUGCACAAUUUUCUAGUUUGUCACUGUGUUGUAAUGUGACCCUCAUUUGACUGGUGCGUGGAUGAGAAAGAGCCCAUCUGGUCACUAAAACUGUGCUUUCUGCUGCAGACUGCUGGGAAUACAAGAGUCGACCCUGUUACACUCUAAUUGGAUAAAUGAUGUGUGCAAACUGCUUCUGCUCAUCUUAAGGACACGAAACUGCUUUAGCAUUGCAAACCACACAGCCGCUAACACGAUAAAGUAUAAUCCGAUGUCCAAGUUGACGGGGGUAAUGUGGAUGUCACUCAGAUUAACAUCAUUCAGAGUCACAGAGGACCAUAUCCUUGCCUGUCAAGCUCUGUCCUCUCAUUAUACACACACCGUUUAGGCUGCAUGAAGUUUGAAAAGAAAACUCAAGUGUAUAUUUUCAUUUUUAUUUUUGAUCAGAUUAGAAGAGCAUCUCUGCUGUGUGAUUCCCAGUUUCUGUUUGUGUAACACGCCCCUCUGCAGAGAAAGUUGGAGAAGCUGUUUUUGCUGCAAUCAUUGUUAUCUCCACAUGAAUCAACCCAUCAGGGCAGAAAAAAAAAACUGAAUGAGUAAUGAGAGAGACAGCCCAUAAGCAGUAUAAUCACAUGCACUGGAGGCGUUCGCAUAUUUUUGGAUCAGAAUCUCAAUUUCCCAAACUCUGUGCUUUUUGUCAUGUUUUCAUCUGCUUCCUUUAAAUAAUUUGAUCCCAAUUGGACGUCAGCUUUUUAUCUAUCUGUGUGUUUGUGUGUUCUGAUAAAGCCCGCUGCUCCCCUCACAUCUUUUUCUUAUCUUUUGUGUUUGAUUGUCUCCGUCUCCCCUCGCCAUCACCGACAUCAAACACAUCAAACAAGUGCAGGAGUGUGUCGUGACUUCCUAACAUGAUCCAGACUCUGUUAUCCCAGCUAAGGGUAUUACAGAGCCGACCUUCGCUGAAGUUGACCACCUUUUGUCACAGUCACAGAUGAUGUUAGACGGUAACACACCAGCUGAACAUUUGAUCCCAUUGGUUUUCCUCUCUGAGGUUUAUAUGUAAAUUUUCAGUGAGUGUUAAAUGACGUAGAACUUAUAUGAUUCAGUUAGCCUGUUAACCAAGGCUAAUGGUAUGUUGGUAGACUGUUGGUUGUGAACUUUGUCUCAUUUUUAAAUACUCAGUUCAGUAUAAAAGUACCAAGCCAUACUAGCUAUUUAUGAGGGGUGGGAGAAAAAAAUUAAUUGCUAAAAUGAAGUCAUAUCUGUGAUAAUGGAAAAAUAAAAUCAACUGUUUGUCCAGUGAGGUUGGCAGAUGUGACAUCAUUGAGCAGCAGAAAGUAAAAUAUUGUGCAAAUAAGACAAAUAUAAAGGAAAGCCAAAUCCUAAAUCAGCUAAACUGUGGAAAAAUUUGUAUAAAUCGCAAUAUAUUGUAUCACAAUGCUUACUGUAUUACAAAAUGUUAAAAAUCGCAAUAAUAUAGUAUCGUGGGGCCACUCGUGAUUCCCACCCCUACUAUUAAUGCUUAUUUGCAGUACUGCGCAUUUACUUCAGAGUACGAUACAACGUUCGCCCCCAGUUAGGCACAGUAGUGCAAGUAAAAUAUGAUCUGAUUUUCAAUGGCGCUUCGUUUUUAUGUGUCUUUGCAGCAAAACCUGUAACCAGCUGGGAUGUCACUGAGGGCCAGAACUCUGUAGCUUUAUCUAAAUUUGAAAUACUAGUGUUAACAAACUGUGCAAUAAGAAAUCUUUAGUCUGGGUUUAAACAGUACCUAAUAGGUGUGUUUUUUUAAGUGUGGCUAAGUCUAGAAGAGCUAGCACCACCAUUUUUUGUCAUUCUGUCAUGUUAAUGUCUAGCUAGGGUGAUGACUUUACUUGCUCAUUUAAUCAAAUUCAUUUCACCUAAUGAGUUUUUAGGACAGCUAAUCUAAGCCUGUGGUUGGUGGUAUGCCAUCAUUAGGAAAUACCGCAUUAGAUAUCACAAUAAGAGCAGUAGAUUGUUGGCUUUUUUAUAUAUCUAAGAUAGCAGAGUGAUCAUUUAGUCAUCUUGAACACUGUUCAUUCACACUAAGCCCUUUAAUUCUGCACAAAAGAUAUAGCAGCUCUUGAUCAUUUGAUUGCCUGAAUCUGCCGCAGUGCACGGCUCAUUGUGAGCCGAAGAGGCUCGGUAAUAGAGUGCAGCUACAUGAAAACAGCCUAUGCUGACAGUUUUUGGGUGUUUUUCACCAGGAUUUAAGCACCUCUCUUUGGUAUCAAACCAUAUUUAUCCCGACACAAGGAUGGAAGCAGUAAGUUUGGGGGGGGGGAUUGGCGCAGACGGCAGUGAAUUGAGGGAAAAUGACCGUCAUCAAUCAGUGCCAUGUGGUGGCACGCUCGACCUGCUGCUGUCAGACGAGUUGUUGCUGGAGGAGCUGUCUCCGUCCCCUCAGACAGGGAUUUAAGCUACUCAUGACUGAGCUUUAUAAAAGCUCACACACACUCUCAAAGACUCCUCUAAGGGGCUGUUUGGGGCGUAUUUGCAUGUGAGGCACAGAUGGCACCCCUGAUUCACUCCAUGUUUACCCCCUUAAACAGGGUUAACAUGUGCUUAAGCAGGCAGUCGGCCUCAAACCUCAUAUUGUUUUAUUAAAUAGUUUGUCACCUACUUUUUCUCUCCGCCUGCUUUCUUUUGUUCACAGCAUGCACUUUCAGCUCCUCAGUUUUCUGUGAUUUCACCUUACAUUUAUGUUUGAGGUUUGCUUUAUUCUGAUCCUUUGUCAGAUCUUCUCCUUAAUGUCUAAAAGUUUUUCUUUAGAUUUGGAACAGCAUAACAUUUUUUGUCUCUCAAAGUGUUCAAAUUCAGAAAUAAAUUAACAAUGAAGUAAACGAGUAAAUCUUCCCUUCGCAACAGUGGAGAGUUUUAAUUUCUGCAGCAAAAAUGAUAGUAGUACCAUUUUAUUUAGUGCUGAUCAAACUCUCAUUUAGCCGGCUUAUUAUUCCAGUUUAUAAAUUUUAAUUUCACAACUUUUGUUAAGUGAUACAUCAAACAAACCCUAAAAACCACCAUGUGGGAGCUGAGUCUGAUAUGAGAACUUGUUACACAGUGUUUUUCAUUGGAUGCAUGCUGGUUCUUGUUGCUUGCUCUCUCCCUUCAUGUGCUGGUUAGUCGGAUUCUGAGACCUGUGAUCUGACAGGGUCUUCUGGGUAAUCCUAUUACCCUGACUGCUGCUUUACUCGACUACUGCAUCACACGUAGCCGCGUUCAGCAUAUCUGUAUCAAAAUCACUCCAUUGCCAUUUGCUGCUGGAUGCUCUGCUGCCCCGGAUUUUGGCCUCAUUCUCUAACCUGCCUGCCUGUUUGUACUCGGAUGUAUUGGUUCUGUUUUAUCUGUUAUUGAGUUCUAGAUCAGCCCAGAUACUCUGACUGAAGCUAAAAAGGUUUCCUUUAACACUGGACUGCACAAAGCCUAAAUGGUACCUAGACAGUCUCGCUUAUUGAGCCAGUGAAGCACUUUAGGAAAUGAUGUGCGACCAUUUACAAGCUUUAGAAAGCUUUUGCAUGAGUCUCUGUUGCAGUCUGGGAUUAUACAGCACUUCACCUGUCUGGUUUUACAGUUUAAGUUGUUCAUGCUGAGCUAGAUAACAACUCAACAAGAAAAUGCAAAAUUUAAGAGAAUUUUUUUUUUUAUUCCAGUGAGUUUUUGAGAAAUUCACUGACUUGAUUCUGCCUCUAAAUUAAUUCCACAAAUCUACACACCCCUAAAUCAACAGUUUUACAUGUCUGUCCAAGCAAUCAAACCAGAUUGCAUUUAUAAAUCAGUUUACAGGGGUAAGUCUUUAACCAAAAAGCUACAGUGUGCUGUGCCCACCUGUCAGUCAAGUCAACUGCACCUCUGAUUUGCCAAUUUCUACACCUCAAUAUCCUCUAAAUAAAUGGGAUACAAAACAAUCUUAUACCAGGCUGUAUAGUGUUUAUUUUUGCUCUAAUUACAGGCUUUUUUGGUUUGGUGUGUAUGUGGUUUCCAGUGCUUCUGCAGGCAGCCUCAAGCAGACACUCAGGAACUUGACUUCUCAAGACCAGAGCUUCCCACUUUGUUGAGAUCCAUUUAAUAUUAAAGCAUGAAAAAUGAUUUGUGUCUGUGUUCUAACUGAGAGUCUAAUUAACAGCCAAGAAUUAAAGAAACUAACUUGACUUCUUUUACCACCUUAAAAAUAUCAUCUUUGUUUCAAAAGUUUAACCACUACACAAGUUUAUUUUUAUCUUACAGUAAAGUUCAUCCUCAGCGUAGAGGCGUCAGCUGCUGCUGCAUCCCACUGAUAAUACGGCUGGUGUCCUUACUUGUUUUAAUUCCUUCACACUCUGCUGGUCCACACACGUCUGAAACUCACAUGAACUGAGUCCAGAGAUUCUCUCUUUGAUGCAGAAGAAGAUUGUGAAAUGAACUUAUCAGUGUUAACUUCUGCUUUCAUUCUGAACGGUGAAAGUCAAACUUACAAGUGAAGCCACAGAAAGGGCAACACAAGUUUGAGUGGGAUGGGAACAUUUUUGGAGUUUGAUUCCUGCAGGGCAGAAGCUUCAAACUUCAUCAUCAAGCAUGUUAGUAUUCAUGUGAAAUAUGGAACAUAUAACCCACCAAUCUUCUCGUGUUGCUGCAGCUCCAGAGGAGAUAUAUCCAAAGAUAUUUCUACAUAUGAAUGCCUGUUUUUGGACACUGGAGCUUUGAAAUUGGCUAGACAUUUGCAUUCAUCACACAGCAGGAGACUGUCUAAAUAUGAUGUAUUUCCAAGCACUGGAAACAGUCGAUCUGGCUCAAGGAGAGGUGCACUGAUUUUUCAUUGCCUUUGGUAUGAAAGCGAUGAGCGACAGCUGCCUCAGUCAGAAGGGGUACACCUGCUGUCCACUGUCAUAACAAAUAUUCACUUAUCGCUAAACCCUGAACAUGUGAGGAUCCCACCUUUUCAGGAGUGCUUUAAUUAAAAAAUUAAACCAUCACUUGGAUCAGUACAGUUUUUAAUGUGAAAGGAAGGGGUGCCAGUAAUCGGAGGAGGAGAUAUAACAACAAGAAAGUGAGAGAGCUGGGACAGCAGACGGAGGGGUUCAUAUAGGAAGCAGAAAAAGCCUAAAAUAGCAACAAGGCCAAAGAAUUCAUGUGAAAAUUUGUAAGCAACAUACAGAAAAACAAGUCCAAAGUCACCCAUAUGAGUGGACUUGCAAACUGUGAUUGCAGUCGUGAAAGACAAUGAGGAAAUCAGUUAAAAAAAAAGGCGGGUUAGUUUAGGUAGGUAAGUUAACUGAUUUGAACAAUUGUGUUCCCACAUGCAGCUAUGCUUUUUGACAUUUUUAGAAGUGAGGAGCAUGUAUGAAAAGAGUUGAAGAGAGAUUCUUUUCCUCCUUAUAUCUACACCAACAAUGAUCUGAUACAUGGUGACUAAUUUUCUCUAAUUGCAGUGGAGUUUCUUGUCUCUCUGAUUUGCAUUUUAAGGAGUGAGACUGCCACAGUCUCUUAUUGCGCUGACUUGGGGGAGAUUAAGAUGUGUCAGACUCUUCAGACUGCAGGUGCAGCUCUGCUCUUCCUCCAUUUCUCCACGCUAUAGGACAUGCUUACAUUUUUAUCCUUUAUUAAAAUUCUGACAGCACACAUGUAAGACUUUAACUGUUACAUUACUUUGGAGUUUACACAAGUUAUGUAAAAAACAGUUAUCAGAACAAUCAGGGACACCAAGUCUAACUGAAGGCUUCUUCAAAGGUGUACAUGUUGAUAUAGUAAGUGCGUAUCCUUGUGCAGCCUUUCUCUGUAUCUCAUUGAGAAAGAGUGUUUGGCAUGCUCAGAUUGUUCCUUUGUAUUUUCCCUCGUCCCAUGUGACUAACCCUGAGUAGCUGCCGUCAGUGCACUGGGACUGGCUGUCCUCUCACCGUGCCUGUCAGCGACUCACUCAGGCGUGAGUCCAUUCUCACUGCAAGGGCGCCAACACUCAAGGAGUGUCUGCCCAGGCCCGCGCUGGGGCUUAGCUGUUUCCUCUGACAAGCCCGCCUCGAGUGGAGUUGACUCCUCUCCAAAGGUACGGGUUGACUCAUCCUGCAUCGCGUUUAAUGUCUUCAGCUGUGCGGUCUUUUCUUUCUGACCUUGGGGUAUAAUGGUGAUCAAUCUGGUUUACUACACACUCUGUUGUAAAGGCUGCCUAGAGUUUAGGGGCUUUGAUUCUUUCUUUCCCUCUGCACAGGCACAUUAACAGAGCCAUAGGACUGAUCAAUUCUUUCUGUCAGCCACUAUAUACACUGUUGCGGUGUAAGUAAUGAAAGUCAUUUAUCUAUAAAGUCACAGCUGUAGCUCCCAGAUGGAGCUGGUGCACAGUCGCUGCCAGCAGUAGAUGCUAAUCUGUCCGACAGGAGUAUCAGAAAUGCCUCUAUUAUUUAAAUGCAAUACCAGGUGAAUGCAUCUCUUUAUGAUUGGUACAGUAGUUAAAUCAAUUGUUCCUUAAGUUGGGCCUGACCGAUGUGGAUUUUUGGGGCCGAUGCCAAUACCGAUUAUAAGGGGGCAAAAAAUCUGAUUACCGAUUAAUUGGCAGAUUUUUAAAAUUUUUCAUGAAGUUAUAAAAAAAAAUAUAUAUAUAUAUAUAUAUAUAUAUACAUAUAUACUGUAGAUAUCUACAGUAUACUAUAUACUGUAAAUAUACUAUAAACUACUGCUCUUCACGCCGACAGGAAGGCCGACUGAUCAAACUCGGACCAGAGAAGCGUUUUCAACUACCCCCGCCAAUAGGUGCCUCCUGGUCUUAACUCAUGUUACUCAUUUCCGGUCCGGUCUCAUCUGGAGACAUGUAGCUGCCUCAGUAAGAGAAGUAGCUCGAUCACAUAAUGUGUACUGUUGUUUAUUGUGUCGUUACUGGCACGGCUAACAGUGUCGCAAGGCUAAUAGCAGAUGGCUAACUCUAACUUUAGCUUGCAUAUUACAUGGUGCGUCACCGUUAACUUGGCGUGACUGAGACCAGCACAGCGGGGAACAUCGUGAACUGGGUUGAACUGAAACUUGUUGACUUAUUGUGUAUUUCACAAACUGGUUUAUUUACCGUUGAGACGGACAACUCUCCUCCGUGCGUCCCUGAGCUGCCUGCUGCAGAUCCUUCACUCUGCUGUGCUGUGAGGUAGUUAGUGGAUGAAGACUGUCAUGAGGUCGCUGCGCCAUCUACAGGAUUAGUCGGGGAACUUUUCAAAUGGCGGAACAUUUUCGAGGUGAAACUGAAUCUUAUUCUUUGCAUUUUAUUUCUGAAAAUAUUGGAGAAACACCGCAAGUUUUGGCCGAUUACUGAUUAGUCUCAAACGAGCUAAAAUUGGCCGAGUUAAUCGGCUCACCGACAAAUCGGUCGGACCUUAUCCUUAAGUUCUCAAUUUGUUUCCUCUUGUCUAAAACACUGACCGUCACAGGCACUAUACAGCCUAAAAGGGGGAGUGAGGGAAGGUGGAGCAGACUACCUGACCUGGGGGUAUGAUGGGCGCUGGAUGUCAUACUGACAAAACAGCUUGCUGAUAACCUUGUUUAUAUGUUGACUCAUCUAAUCGCCAUGGUCAGGGUGUUGAGGCCACUCCAAGUUCGGAAGUAUCAGGCACAAGUUUCUUACAUUUCUUUAUAAAUCACACAAAACACUCCAUUUACGUCCAAGAAAUGAAUAUUGCAGGAAGCUUUGUGUCCCAACAUCCUCUUAUCCACUAUUUUCAGCCCAUCUCUGGGGUCGUGACCCAUCCUAAUUUUGCCAUUCAGUCUAUUUCCUCCAGUAUUGCUCAUGAGGAUGUGCUUUAGUCUUGAGGUAAUGAGUCAGUCUUUCCAUGGACUUCCUCUACUCACUGUGCUGGCUUUAAGAGAUCACAUUUAAACAUUUUCUUUUUUUACAUGCAAGUAUUCAGAUUUCUAAGUCUUUCUUUUGAAUUAUGUUGCUGGUAAACAGGCCUGAGUACAUAAUCCAAGCAUCCCUGAGAUCUUGUAACCUAACAUCCUCAAAAAUCCGGAUAACCUUGUCCCAAAAAGUUUGUUUUUCUAUAUGAGCAAUAAAAUAUGUGAAUGAUUGGCACAUCAUUGGCCUUCUUGUAAAGUCAAAUGGGAUCUAGAUAUUUAGCUCUAGAUCCCAUUUGACUUUACAUGAAGUGAAUUAUUUCUGUCUAAUUCUUCUUUUUAGCAUCUCAGGAAGGUCGUUCCAAAGUCAAAGGGCACUGAUGAGUAAAAGCACGAGUGUCUUUAGAUUUCAGCCUUGAUUUUGUAAUGACAAGAAGAGCCCAGUCCGAGUUUCCAAGGUUGCAAGAUGUAUGAUUUAGCUUAGAAGCUAUUAAAGUGGUCAAUAAAACUUAAAAUUGAUGAAGUACUAACACCAAAAACAAAGUUAGUAAUCAAUAAACAUGAAUUAAAACUGCAGCUGUACUUUGAAAUUGUGUAUAUUACCUCACUUUUAGGCAAUAACCAACCAUUUAGCAGCUCUGUAGGCUAGCCGCUACCAGUUUGGUGCCAUCUCUCCCACAGGAGCAGACUGCUGCUGCUCACUGGAGGACGCCAAAACACCAGUGUCCAAUCCGGGAUAUCCUCACUCAGGCUGAAACCUCUCACGCAGGCACAGACAGGCACCAGCAAGCAUCGAAAUGCCAGGAGAAACACAUUUUUCUGAUUAUGUCUGCCUGUCUUUUACUUGUAUCUUGCUCUUUCUUGCUGUCUGUUUUAACACAUAGCCCUGCCCGCCUGCACACACGCAAACUAUCCUUCCCCCUCCAAUCUAGGCCAAGGUCAUUGUCCGUGGCGGCUCUCGAGGUAAUUGCUCCCCUUAUCACACUCCUGCUGACUAAUAAUGAGACGUGCCAGUUCACUCCGGAGGUUCAGGCCCCCUUCCUUAGCGUCAUGGGAGUCACUCUGUCCUCCCCGUUCUGCUGCAGGGCUAAUAGGCCUGUCUGAAAAUACCUCUCCCUGGGAGAGGGACUAGUUGAGCAGCGGUGAUUAAAGCUCCAGUUCUGUGUUAAACUAACAGGACUUUGUGGAGAGCAGCCGCCUCAGUGCCAAAACACGUGAUUUCUUUCUAGUCUUCACAGUUGGGAGUUUGAAAAUAAAAUAAAUGUGCUAAUUUUACUUCAAACUGUUUCCUGCUACUUGGAUUUCCAGGAAUCGUUUUCCUCCUUAAAUGCCAGGCGGUCGUGCAGCUGUUGUAUUUCUCAGCUCCCAAGACAGUCUUCUCUUUGUUUGCUAAAUUGUGAAAAAGCUGUGAAAUUCCUUGGAAGUCCCCAAAUCCUGGGAAUUGUAAUGAAGGCGUUGCCGGGUUACGAUCUAUAGCAGCUAUUGUGUACUCCUGUAUGGAUUCAUUUGUACUGCAGGGAGCACCACCGACCAACAAUGCGCCCCACAUUCCUCUGCUUUUCAGGAUCAACUGAGGGGCGGGGUUGCCCAUAUUUUCCUGUUCCAUGAUUUGGUUUGCAAAACUAGAUCCUGCAUAUUUAUUCACUUCAGGAAUAUUCAUGAAAUCCAGGAGGGAAAAAGGGCCCCACGCCAACUUUUGCUUUGAAUAUCUCUGAUGCCAGACUUUGAAGUGUGUAUCAAAACAUCAGCUGGAGGACUCGGAGGCCUUUCAUUAAAGCUUGUCGUUGGCUGGUACCUUUUUUGAGAACUUUUCCACAGUGAUGACUGGGAGCUAUGACUGGGCAUCAACAUCUGAAGGGCGGUAGAUAGUAGAUGAAAUCAUGUCCUCUUGGAUGUGGUUCACACUUUGCCCCUGGACCCCAGCCUCCUUAUUCCUGUUGUUAUGUGAGGAGGGUUAGAUCUUGAUCUGUAUCUCUGGAUUCUUCGGAGAAAAUCAAUAUUAGUCUCAGUUUGGCUUAGCAUGAAGACGAGCAACAGGAGGAGGAAGAUUGUCUGGCAAAAUAAAAAAUAAAAGCUUCAAAAAUCCCGUGCUAGAAACCACAACUUGACAUUUUUAGGAUUUUACUAAUCUAGACAUUCAGAAAAUUGUUCAAAAGAUUCAGGUCACUAGCAAAUAUUUAGGGUGUUGUAAGUGGUGCUGAAUUUCAUGUUUACCCUGAUGAAGAAAGCUUCAACUCCUAAAGCUGGUUCUGGACCCUUCUUUGCCACAUCUUUGUCCAGCUCACUUGUGUUUGUUUCUCUUCAUGUUGCAGAUUCUUGCAUCCGGAUUUCAUGGCAAAUGCUCUGUUAACUGCAACCUUUGGAGUGCAUUGUGCCAUUUUCAUAGUGAAAACAAUCAAUAUCUGUCAGGCUCACUUGCUGAAAACUGUGAGCCAUCUUUGUUGCUGUUGCAUCCCCAUUCACCACAUCGCCAUCAGGAUCAGCAACUUCGGGAGUUCUGUUUUCUGUGUGUUAGGCAGCCUACCAAAGAAAGCCCCCUGGUACCCUCUUCAUCUUCUGUCUUCAGCUCUCUGACAAAUAACAUACGACAUACAACUGGAAACGUGUCAAACAAGUUUAACUAUUUAAAACUAAGAAAUUAAUCACAUUUUUAUAUGAAUAAUUUGACAUCCAUUUUUAAAACACACUACGAACAAGUUUUGAGCAGAUGAAAAUCUAAAUUAAUGUUUGGAUGAAAUAAAAAACAAAAUAAACAGCAUAUAUACUGUUGUUCAACCUUUGGGGAAACAUGAAUUUCAAACCAUUUUGAGAGAUUUACAGUUGAAACCAACAAUGUCUGCCUUUUGGCUGUAAAAGAAGAUAAGUCCAGGUAGCAAUAGAGUCAGAAUAAUGAAUGAUAAACAUGACUGUAAUCCAUCCAAUAGUUGUUGAGGUAAUUUGGUCUUGAUUAGAUACAGAGGACUCAAAGAGUUCAUACAUAGAGAAACUGAAGGGAACUGCUUUCAGCUGUGGCUCGUUUCUUGAUGAAUAUGAGAUAGUGAUAAUAGUUGAGCUGUGGUCACAGCUUGUUAUACUGUGACUGCUCUGGAACUGUCACUCUAAAUUCUCCUGUGUUGUUUGCACAGACAUUAUUAAUAAAGAGCGAAUGGCCUUGCCUUGUAUCACCUCUGGUUUUGAACUUUAAUGUGUUUUGUUUGUGUAGCGCUGCAGAACAUAUUAAACUGGGUUCCUGAAGUCUGCAGAGGGUCUGCUCCCUCCUUUCUCAUUUUGUGCACAUAGCAACAGCCAUCACUAUUCUGUUUGACACUUUCAUAAUAGAUGGCAGAGAAACGCCGGCUGAAAUUUGUCAUGCUGUCUGUGAAGACUGAUGAGUCCGAUGGCUUUAUAGCGCACAUCCAGACUGAGAAAGAUUUGGAAUAAACUCUCUCUCUGAUUUUUUUUCAGCACUCUUGAAGUAUGCAUGAUUUGAUGGUGUUGAAACAAAUCUUUAAGAAGUGCGUGUUAGGACAAGUAUCAGUUUUCAGCUUUUUUACAACUUGUUUUUAACUCUCCAAGGUUUUGGAAAAAUUUGUGACGUUACAGAAUAUUCAACAGCAGAGUAAGCUAAACUAAGCUCUCUUCUGUGCCUUGUCUGAAAGAUUUCAAAGCUGACAUGAUGAGGCUUCGGGGAAUCUAAGCAAGGAGCUUUUAAUUGUUUUUUUCCGCUGUUGGUUGGAGGAAAACCAUAACAAACCAAGUGCAUUAAAAGCUUCAAUAUUUCAAAACACUUGGCACUUAAGCAAAGAAAAUAUAAAAUUUUCAUACUUUGAAUCAAGUUGCAAAGUCCCAUUUUGCUUCAUCAGAACGCUGGCAUAAAAUAUGAAUUAUAGAAGAGCUGUGUCUUUAGUUUUUCAGCAGUAUCGUGUUUGAGAAGUUAGGAAGGUGCCUGAAGUGGCAGGUGUGUGUUUGGCCGUAAUGUCCAGAGUUUUUUUUUUUGGGGCCCUUUCCUGAUUGUGUUUUUGUCUCUAAGAGUCCUACUGUCCAAAACUUACAAAAGGGACUCAGUUGUUUGAUUCUUUUGUUAGCUUACAUUGCUAUCUUGCCAGCUAAAAUGUUCUGUCUUAUUUUGCACUACAUGCAUUUGCAGUGUUUUCUGACUGUUUGCUCAGGGUUUGUGCAUGGCCAUAACACUGACUAUGUACUCAAUAAAUAUAGGUUCUGCAUACCUCAUGCUUACUUGACAGUAUGCUAUUAAUAUCAUACUAAUGCACAGCCUCUCAGCAUCUUAUACCUUCAUCAAUUAAAUAUUUCCUGUCCCAGCUUUCAUAGCUAAGCGUGACCAAUCAAGUACGCCUCCAGGUAUUUCCCACAUACUCAGAAUUAUAUGUCAUGAAUUUGGAGUGUGCUGUGCACCAAAUGACACAUAUUGUCAGUAUAAAUGGUACAAACAGUGUGGAUAGUUUGUGCGGUUUUGAAUACCUUGGGUUGGCAUUAUAGCAGCUGCCAUUUGGGUUUUCUGCAGCCAGGAGUGACAUCAGGAAAAAGUUGAAGCUGGAGUAAAAUGUUUGGUAAAUGAUAAGUUAUCUGAGCUAUACAACUAUAUAAGAUUCAGAUCACAAAUCGCACCACAAAUCAGCAAUAAAUAAACAAAUAGAUAUUUGAUUCAUGUGGAAUGUGUUCAACAGUGAAAUGACUAAAAUGCAAUAAGAAAUAACGCCAUAAAAGAGGUAAAAUAAGAACUAAAACAAUCCUGAGACACCAAUUUCAACACAGGCCACUAACCAGCUACUUCCCAGCAUUUAGCAGCCUGAUCGCUGAGGGAAUAAAUGAGUUAUAUAGACCAAAGGCUAAUUUAGUUGGCUGUAAACUGGUUACUAUGAUUUACUAGCCAACAACAAACCCAUCUCUCUCUAAAACAAACACUGAACAAACUAACCAAGCAGAGUCUCAGGGUCAUGAUGUUUGAACUUCUGAACAUCAGUUUAUUAAAAGUUGUAAAGUUUAUUUCUUACAAAAACAGUUUCUCUUUCUCAUCCCAGGUACUUGUUUGUCUGGUGGUGGAACCAUUAGACUGUGACUUUAGCCCAAGGUGGUGUCAUCAGACCUUGGAGAAUGGGUCUCGAGUCUCAUUUUUUCAUGAGCUUGUUGGCAAAGGUCGCACUUGUACAGACCUACAAUUGGUCAGAUUAUCACAGCAUGUACAUAGCAACAGCAGUGGAAAGAAACAUCUUUUACACCAGUGUAUGUGUAGUUGUUCAGUCUUGUUUGAAUGAAAGUACAUUUAGAUAGAGCAGCUGCCGUACGAGGUUUAACAGAUCUCCCACCACCAGCAUCAAAUACAGCCAGGUGGUCAAGUUGAGAGACUGGAAGUAGCCAACACCCAAUAGUAAGCUGACAGCAUCCACCAGUCCCUUAAAGAGCCUAUAUGUCCUUAACUAUGUAUAACUUUAAGCCCCACUUUAAUCCCAGCUGGUGUGUUAUAUAAAAUUCAUCCAGGGAAUGGAUCUCAUGGCAGCAGAGGAAAGAUCUGUUUUCUUUAGCGGCUAAUAAACAGAUUAAAUCCUGCUUAAUGCAUGAAAAACAUGCGUUCAGUCAUGUUUUCUUGUCAUGCCUUUUUGUGCCUCAGAGCUGCAUGUUGGGUGAGUUAGUCCCCAACAUGAAUUCAUGAUUCCUUUCUUCCUUAAUUAGUAUUCAAUGAACGGCCUUUUUUGUCAUUAUUUGCCCCUUAGCUGAUUCUGUUUUCUUGAUAUCGGUUCAUUUUGUUCAGGGUUCACUGAUGGAGACAAAUGAGAGUUCAGUAGCUGGGUUCUGGUUUCUCACUCGGGCACUUUCCUUUCAUCUUAUUCUCCUUCACUUUGCAGACCGAGCGUUUCCCCAUUCCUCCCCGUCUGUCUCUGUGGUGUGUUUCCUGCUCUCCCUCUCUAAACCUAUUCUCCAUUUAAUCAGCUCUCCCAGGACUGGGCUCUGUAUAAUUAGAGGCUGAAUCUUUAAUCACCAUGGAUCCGGGGCAGGCUGAGCAGGCCAUUUCAAACAGACACAAGCAGAAAAUUAGCAUGAAAGAAGGUAUGUGAGACAUGGAAACAAAUGUGUCAAAGUGUUGCAUCAGUUACAUCAUGACAUUACUGUCAGUCUAUGCAGGCAUUCGCAGACAGAGACGACACAUCUGAAGUUUACAUGAGCCAGAUUAUUUCCAAACCCCGUCUGCUGUGUGUGACCUGUUCAUAAUACUGGGCUAAUUGAUCCACUGCAGCAUUGUGUUGCUGGAAUAAAAGGUCACGGUUUGCAGGAGGUCCUUACAUAACAACAGCUGUCUCCUCAGCUCCUCUCCUCCUGUCUCCUCUUAUCGGCUCAUCUCUCUCCCCUCAUCUUUUUUGGCUUUAUAGUCGUCCACUUCCCACUCUACACAAGCGCUCACUUAACCCCGUCUUUUUGACCACAUAUUCUCCCCCUUCUCCUUGUUACGUGUUCAAUUCGCUAAAGACGGUUUGCUUUUACUGUUUGUUAACAUUUGGCAGAAUGUUUUGAGCUGCAGAAAUGUGUUUUAUUGUUUCUCGAGAGGCUUUGCCAGCGCCUGUCAGAAAUGCUGAAUCAGCAGAAGCAGAUCUUCAGGAAAGAAAGUUUUACAGAUUUCAACUUUUGACUCUUGGUGCGGUCGUGAACAGAGAGAGUGAUUAAAAACUGUGAAACCUUAAUAACUCUUUACUUGAGUUUGAAAGGUCAGUAGGGGAGAGUGGGGUAAGUUCAGCCACCCCUUGUUGCUUCGAAAUGGUAAAAGAAAUUAAUCAUGUGACCAAAUAUUUAAGAGAUGGGCAUCAAUUCAUGGAGUCUGUAAAGGUUAGAAGCACAUGAGCACAUGGGUGAAGGGGUUAGACCAAACUCAACCACAGCAAGGGCCAUAAUCUGGAUUUAGGUCUAACCUGAGGGCCAAACAGGGUCAAUAUUUCACCAAAACUGUCAACCCUACUUUUCAAAAAAUAUGUAACAAAAACAGCGGUGAUUAUAAAUCAUUUGGAAAUUCAAAAAAGAUAAGUUUAAAGGCAAUCUGAGAUAGAAACAUUUUUUAUCUAUAUUCUAUUUUUAUCUGUUAGUUCAAAAGAUCAGAGCGUGAUAUUAAAAAUAGAAAAAUAAUGCUUUUAAAGAGCAAAUACAUGAAGAGAACAUUGAAAUCAGGUUUAAAAGCUCAAAAUAUGACUUAACAUUUAAAAUUGGAAUCUUAAGUAUAAAAAUGACACAAGUCUAAGUACUGAGUUGAACAAAAUCAAGCAUGAAACAAAAAAUCCAAACAUGUUUGACUUGUAAUCUUGAAAUGCAAAAUUGAAAACAUGAAAUAACACACCAAAUAUUUUUUUCCCCACACUCUUGACUAUUUAUCAAAUCCUCCUUACGCUUUAAUUUCCCAGAUUUUUGUGGCUUAUUAAGGACAUUUAAAAUAAUGGUGCUAAAGUUUACAUUAUUAUAGUAGAGUAAAUCUCCAGACUUCAUACUGGUAGGGCAAUAAUAAUACAAAUAUGAUAUGAUCUUGUGGGCCAGAUAUAAUUGUUCCACAGGCCAGAUAUGGCCCCCGGGCCUUGAGUUUGACACCUGUGGGUUAGACAUUUAUUUCCAAAAAACAUUUUUCACUCUUAAAAGUGAAUUUAGUCUGUCAUAAGUUUUAUUAGAAUUGUGUUCAGACCAAGAAAGAUCAUUUGAAUUUGUUUUAUACAUCAUUUGUGGUAUCUAUGAGCUACAACAUGAGGUCAAAAACCUAGCAUAGAAGUCCACCAUUGUAACUUAGAGGGCUGAUAAAGUCAUAAUAGUAGUUAAUAGAAGGGAUACGGCCCAACUUACCCCCACCUGUGGUCAACUUGCCUCAUACACGGUUAAGUUGACCAUAGGAGACCACUUUCUUUGGCAUGCUAUAUUAUCAAGACAGCUCUGUUUACACUCAUUCUGUUGGUUUGCAGGGAGGCACAUCUUGAAAUAAAUGCAGAUACACGAGUUAGAGACAAAACUAUGAUUGCCUUGAUGUAGUGAUUCGAAAUAUGAAAAAUGGCUCAUCUUACCCCACUCUUCCCUACAGGAGAGAACAGUCGAGCUAACUGAUGCUAAUUUCUGCCCUUAAUGCUAAGCUAAGCUAAGCUAACUGUCACCUCCUGCUUUAUACUAAACAGAUUAAAUGCAAUGGAGCACUAUCACUGUUCAGACCUUAUUUUUAAUUCAUUUAAAUUGAUUAUAUUUUAAUGUUUUUAUGCUAGGUUAAGCUAACUGUCCCUACAGCUUAACCGAUUCAUGAGCAGCAUCAAUCUUUGUCACAUUCAGUUUCAUACUGACCAGAUACAGAACUAAAAACUUUGAGUAUUUUAAACUACCUAAAUAUAUUCACAGGGAUAGUCAACACACUUUAAAAAUUGCUGGAGUCAAAGACAUACAGUUGGUGAAAUUUUAAAGGUCUCUGGCUGGAUCGUCUUGUUGUAGCUGGGGUCAGAUGUCGGUGAAUAAGGGUUAAACCUGGUUAAAAGCUGAUGUGAGUUGACAGGUCGGACCUGCUGAGCUCUCCAGCAGAGAGGCUAUACAGCUGACGAGGUGGAAACAUUGGAGUACCUCAGUGCAGACACAGCUGCUGUGUUCAAGUCAGUGAACAACAUGGAUACAAAACCAAACUCUGGGCCUUUCCAUUCAAUGUUGUUUUAUUUAGCCGUGCUGUGUUCAUUUAAAGCAGAAAUUUACUUAUUUUUAAGUACUAUAAUCCUGAUAUAUGUGUGAUAAUACCUCCUAGAUUUUUAGCAGGAUCAUUGUGCCAAAAACAGCCUAAUUUUAGUAUUGUUAGUGCUCCAAAACCAGUUAAUUUGGACUUUGUGUUUGUCUGAUGUUAGGAAAACUUUGCUUAUGAAUCACUGUGGCCCAACUUUGUCAUUUCACUGCCAUCACAGAGCUCUUGGAUUCCAUUUAGUUGGCUUGGCUACAGAUAUUCAAAGGACUUUAUAAGUGCUCCCACUGCCGACUGCCAAGAUAUUAAAGAUUCUGAUAUAUUAAAGUGCACUGCAGAUUAUGUUUUAAUACUCCCAGUCUGUCCCCACUCUCAUUCAGGGUUUGAUUCUGUAAAAAAGUCAAAUGUGAAGCAGGACAAAGACUCACUAUAAAGAAAAAUAACAGUGUGUAUGUGCAGUGUAGCUGUGUAUCAGAGCAGAUGUUUGCAUGAUUAAGUCAAAGGAGUUAAGAGUACAGUUUUCAUAAUUCAUGAUCAUCCUUUCUUUUUUUUUGAUGCAACAAUUAUAAAAAAUAUGCUUCAGCUCUUUCAGGGGGAAAAAUCCCUCUCCUUCUUUUGACAUUCAGCAUGCUGAACAGAGUAACUUUGGGCAAAAAACCAACAGUUUUAGGACAAAACAAUCCCUCUGAAUAAGUCAUAUGGGCUUCUCAAUUGCAGUCUGUUGAAGCUGAAUUAGUUUGAUAUGAAAUGAGACGUGUUCACCAGGGGGAUCAAAGGGUUACAAGCUUUUGGUGAGAUCAUGGAGGAUUUAUCAUGAAUUUUUGCAACAAGUAGAACUGCAAAAAAGCUGAGUAUUUUGUUAUGUGAUCAGGGGCAGAUCAGGCUAGUCACCGAAAGUGCAACUCCAAGGUGGGAAUGUUGUUGAAAUGAAUAAUUUGGGCUGUUGUCUUGUGAAGUCCUGAAAGAUUCAAGGCAGGGAGAUUGGGAUGUUGCCAUUUUGUGGUGUAAAUAAGUAUUUAAACAUCAGAUCAGAGUUACAACCAAGUUUAAAUAUAAAUCUAUCCAAGUGUGACUGUUUAAGGUGGGGUAGGCAGGCUCUGAGGAAGUGCCAGUUUUUGAGAGAAAUCUUGAAUGUAAACUCUACCCCUCCCAACAAGUUUUCCCCUCAGCUCCUCCUCUCCCCUCCCUCUCUGCUCCAGCAAGCCCCGCACACAAACAGACGCUCCUGCUCGCUCAUAUCGUUCCAAUUAAAUUCAGAUACAAUGCAGAUAAAUGCUUCAGAUAAUUAAAAAUGGGGCCCAGUCAACAUCAAAGUAAAAAGCAUUGGUUCUACUGUAGAUGCCAACAGACUACCAGCAAAUACAAUGUUUGCAGGACUUCUACAACUAGGAUAAAGUGACAUAGUCCAGGACCCGAGGUCAACAGGUCCCGUUAGACAAGAAACACUUCUGUUACAGACACUUGGCUUACUUUGUUAAAGCGGUUUACCUGUCCAGCAGAAAGGUUACAGGGUCCGUAAGAUCCCAAAGCAUUACCCUUCAUUGUUGACCCGGCUUCUUAGCUCUUGUCUGGUCUGCCUCCCUUUUCUCCGGUAUUUACUUUGUUUUCUUGCUUGUGUUGGCAGUCAUGGCUAAAGGAGGAUUCAGACAGUUUUCUGUACUUUCUGGUUGGUUUCUACUGUCCGAUAUUGUAGCAUGCUAACUUUGUUUGGGCUCCUGAACGACACGGGGGAGCAGCAUCUUCCUCACAACAUGAAGGAGCAGUGUCCGCCUCAGAACCAAUCAGAGUGGGGGAGGCAGGGAAUGGCUUUGUUUACAGUCAGAAAGAGCAGGCCACUCAAAAAUUUUAAAACAUUGACUACACAGACGUAACAAAACACAGCGAUAUUGUUAUAUUACCAAAUGUCAUCAAUGACUUAUAGCUAUUGACUGAUAUUAAAAGCUUUUUUGUAUAUACACAACAAAAAAAGAUGCUUUUCUAACAGAUUCCUGCCUACUCCACCUUUAAAUUACCUCACUUUAAAUGCCCCGACUAACUACGUCGUGAAAAGAAAGGAGUGAAAUAAAACACUAUCUGCCUCACUUGAACUUACCUUUGUAAACAUAAAUAGUUUUAGUGACUUAAUACAGAAAAUACAGGACUUUAUGGAAUUUCCUGUUUUCUCUUUUUAGUAUGAAUUCAAGGCCAAAAACAUCAAGAAGAAGAAGGUCAGCAUCGUGGUGUCAGUGGACGGAGUCAAGAUCAUGCUGAGGAAGAAACAGAAGGUAAGUCCCUGCUAACCAAUUCAACAUUUUCCUGAGAAAUGAGAAACUAGUGUCUGUUGAAGCUCAGUUUUUACAUAUAGGCUGCAAGAUGCGUAACUUCAUUGAGUGUGGGAUUUCAAUUACUGUUUUUACCCACAGAGAAAAGAGUGGACAUGGGACGAGAGCAAGAUGAUGAUCAUGCAAGAUCCCAUCUACAGGUCAGUUUUAAUGUUGCUCCGAGGUUUAACCUACCUGAUAUUUUCCCAAUCUGCAGGUUCUUGUUAGCUUUAACUGGAGUGAUCACUGUGGGUGUGCUGCAGAUAAUACAUACUGCAUGUGUCUCAGAGGAAAUUAGACCUUUUAACUGAUGCUUGCUUUGUAGGCUAUCCUGUGUAAUAUAUCAUGCAAGAAUUAUGCGCUCAGAUGUAGUAUACUGUAGGAGCUGAAUUCAUUCACAAUCAUGAGGCAGGAUCAUGAAUUAUUCACCUUUUCAUAGCUUGUACAUGUAGCAUAUGUCAGUGUACUUUUGCGUAUGUAAGUUUUUCCAGGUGAUGCAGCAAGUCUCUGAUUAUUUGAGUUACUCUCUAUCAAGAAGCGCCUGAAUAAUGAAGUUCCUGUUUCUUUAGAUAAAGUAAAUCUGCUUAUUUGCCUGAGGAAAAUGCAUUUAUUACAGCCUCAGCAUCCCUACAGUUUGACUGUUUGCACACUGCCAAUCCUCAGCAGACCUGUGAGCCUGUCAGUCAGCGCUUGACAGCUCGUAGCAAUUAACCCCAAAGUGUCAGAGUGAUACAACCUGCCGGGAGAGAGGAGCAGGACAGAAAAGUUUAUAAUGGCAUAGUAAAUUCUAAGUACUUUUAGUGAAGGAGGGUGUGAAAUAACUGAACAUUUGGGUGAUCUCUGAGCUUUAUAGCUAAGAGUUAUACCUCAUUAUCGGAGAUGUGGGUUGCCACUUGAGAUUGCUGCAACAUUUAACAGCCAACCUGUAAGUGUGUGUGUGUGAAUUAUACAUAUGACUGUUGGGGGAUUUCACUUAGCAAAGCCACAUCCAAUUUGAGAACCGUGUGUUAAAUACAGUCAUGUUUACUAAUUUGGCUGAGUGGAUGACUGGAUGUGAUUGAGCAGUGGAGAUAUACAGUGCUCUCCAAAUCAUGUGAUUUUGAGCUGUAAAUAUUCAUGAUUUGUGGAGAUAGAUUAAGGCAGUGACUGCAAAUGUAGAUGCAGGAGGUAUUUCUUCUGUAGAUAUGUGUUUCAGGGUUGGUGGAAAGGACAGACUUUUACAGCUUGAAUAGUAAAGCAGUAGCAUUUAUUUAUCAUCCUAUAUAAAAUGUCUCUUUCUUUUCUUUUUUUUUACUUAAUGUUUUUAUGAGGACAUUCAUUUUUUUCAAAAUACUUCGAAAGACUGAAAGAAAGGGAAAGAACAAGAAAGAAAAGGCACAGAUGGAAAAUUAUACAUACACAUAUAUGUUUUUACAAAGGGAGAGAAGAAUCAUUGUAACACUGUGGAAAUUUCAAGAGGUAGGCCCAGGGUUUAGAGAUUUUUCAGUCAUUUUUGUUCCAUUUGUCCAUAGUCUGUCCUUCAUACCAAAACAGGACAGAAACAUCCUCACUCUAGUGUCCAACAACACUGAGGCUACGUUCACACUGCAGGUUAUGAUGCACAAUUCAGAUUUUUUGUUAAAUCCGAUUUUUUUGUGUGGUCGUUCACAUUAUAACAACGAAUGCGGCAUCUAAUGUGAACGGAAUGUGUCCGUGAAGUGACCUGGCUGUUCUCCGUUCCCUUGUCCACCAUUGCUUUCCGCACCUAUUUGUGUUGUCAAACAAUGGUGACCUUUGUUGCAUAUUGAUGACGUAUGGGUCAGAUGAACGCGACCUGAGCGUCCAGACUGCAGUCGCAUCGGAUACAUAUCCGAUUUAUAUCCACACACGAAAGAGGCCUGGGUCAGAUUUGAAAAAAUCAGAAUUGCACUGUUCACACUUCCAUGAAAAAAUCAGAUAUGUGUCACAUAUGGUUAAAAAAUCUGAAUUGACCUGCAGUGUGAACAUAGACUGAGAGAGCACAUCAAAUAGGACAGUAGGGGGCACUGUACUCAAGCAUAAUAGAAAAAAAAAGAAAAAAUGAAACAGAGCACAUUAUGAGUUGCCAUUAACUGCCUCCCAGUGUGAUAAAAAGUCGUAAUUUCUCUUUCAAUUUCUUUAUAUGCGUUAGAAAAUGUAUUCCUCCAUCUUUUUCUGUUUAUUUUGUCACUAAGGAAGUAAUGAUGUUGAGCAUGUUUAACUGUUUCAUGUUUGUGUUGCAGGAUUUUCUACGUGUCUCAUGACUCUCAGGACUUGAAGAUCUUCAGCUACAUCGCGAGGGACGGGUCCAGUAAUUCCUUCAGAUGUAACGUCUUCAAGUCUAAGAAGAAGGUGUGAAAAAUACACAUUUAUACAUCCCCUCACCAUAAACAUGAACACCGAGCUGUAGAUAUAAGCUGCUCAAUGUGAAGCUUCAUCAUUACAGAGACAAAAACCAAAAUUGUUUCUUCCCAGUUUAACACAAAAUAAUGGAAAACCUUGUCUAUUUCAGUGGCUGGUGUUUGAUUUUUCCCACUUAAACCUUAAGCUAGCCUGGCUCUACCUGAAAGUAAACCAAUCAUCGUAUGAAGACCAUAUUGACUCUCUAAUUAACACAUAAUACCAUUUGUCCUGAAAAGGAUAUCUCGCUCAUCCUGCUUCUCUUUUUCGAGCCAAGCCAAGCUAAGAGUCUCACUGCUGUAACUUUAUAUUUAAUGGACUGACAUUUUGCUCAAUUUCCCAAGAUGUUAAACAGCUCCCUCAACAUUUAACUACUGAUACAGAGCUGUUAAAUAUUGGAUCACACUUUCCUGGGAAAAUGACUUGAUGCUUAACUCCCCUGCUACUCUUAUGUUACACUCCUCAUGAGAUUUCUUGUUCGAAUGAGUGGAAAUGAAACUGUCACUUAUCAUGCAUGCAGUAAGAAAUAAAUCAGAGGGGAUAUGAGAUUUUACCUGCUACAGCUGCACCAGUAUGUUUGCACUUGAUCACUUGAAAUAGAUCUCUUUAGACUUUGCUGCUGACAUCGAUCUGUGAUUUAAAUCCUCAUCUGAAUACAGCAGUCAAGUAUAAACCUGAUUUACUCCAUUUCCUCUUCCUGAGAGUUGUUUGUUCUCUCUGUUUUCAGCUGUGGCACUUUCUCAUGGGCUAAUGUCCUGAAUUUUCUAAGUUUAGUAAAUUAACUUUGGUCUGGAAUUCAAUUUACAGUGUCUUUGAUAUCCAUCAGCUUAGCUCUGCAGAUCUUUAGCCUGUACUGAACGCAGAAUAGCUGCACACAAGGACAAAAUUACACAGCUCAUUGCAGCCAGUCUGAGCUGUGUUGCAGCAGUUGUUGCAAGUGGCUGCUGUCUUGGCUCAGACAUCUGGCAUUAUCAGUCAGCUGUAAUGAGAAAUGUUCCAUAGAAGUGAUAUUAUUAGUCUCUGCGCCGGGGGUGUUCAACUGUGUGCCAAAGAUGACUGAGAGCGAGCCUGUUUUCAGUCGAUCUUCAGCGGCUGACUUCACUGAUUAUCUCUUCUUAAAGCAGACAGAAGCUUCAUGCUCUGCUAACUAUUAAAUAAGUCUCCUCUGAAGGUUGAACUUUAAUCUGAAGCUCUCCGUGUCUCUCUCUCCCUCUCCUGUCAGACUCAGGCCAUGCGCAUUGUGCGGACAGUGGGUCAGGCAUUCGAAGUGUGCCAUAAGCUCAGUCUGGAGCAUGCUGAGCAGGAUGCUGACGGACAGGCUGAUGGAGAGAGUGACAAGUCCACAGAGGAGUCCAGCAGUAAUGGUAAGACCGGGAAAAGGUUUUCGAAUGCAGAGUGUGUGAAUCUAUAAAAAGAAAAGCACACAUUAAGGUUAUUAUAACUGAAGCAGAUUUCCACAGCUAUGAAGACUCGCACAAAACAAAACCACCAUGACUGUGACAUUAAAUUCUUUGGCUUUGUUUGCUCAUGGUUUGGUGUGCCAGAGUCUGUUUGUACGGUUUAGUUUCUGUUUAGGAACGUGUAAACACCUGCUGCUUUUCUGUGCCUCCCAGCUGUUUCAGAGCCAACAUCUCUUUGUGGGCCAAACGAGCCCAGAUCACACAAACCGAAGAUACAAACACUCAUCUCCUUUGGGAUCUUUGAGUUGUUUUCUUCUGCACAUACCCAGCUUUGAAUUUGGAUAGUUAAAAGGAUAGUUUGUUGUUUUUGAAGUGGGGUUGGAUGAGGUGCUCUUCAGUUGUAAGUGGAUUACUCACAACUUGUUUCUGUGCUGCAACCGGAGGAGCACAUAUGUGUUGCGUUAGAGCUGAAACUAAAAUGUUUUCUCAUGGCAAAAUAAAGCUCUGAACAUUUUCUGAUCAAAGAAUUUCAGCUGACUUAAAUGUUUGUGUCAGAGCUUUUGGAAAUUAGCUUAAAAUCUGAUCAGCUGGUUAAAUCUGUAGCGGUUUAUAGCCUGGCUCUCCACCUGGUUUCUCAAGGGGUCCGGCUGUCUGGAUUUCUUAUGGGUUAUAAAUACACUUACUAUUGACACGUAUAAUUCCAUUAGUUUAAUCCUUUAUUACUGUUAUUAUAGUUGUAGAAGAACUCUAAAUGAGCAUAACUUUCCUGUUAAAACAAGUUUUCACCUUUUCAAACUUGCUCCAAAUUAGAUCAGCUGAGUUGAUGUAAAUGAAAGUUUCUGCUGAUGUAAAAUCAUGAGGGUUGAUCCUCAGGACACCAUGAAUGUCAAUAUGAAAUGUUGUAGUAUCCAUUUAUUGUUAAAAUUUUCCAGACUGAAGCCAAAUUUUGCAGUCUAGAGCCUCAAUUUAUGCUACUGUCCCUUUAAGGGCGCCCCGACAUUCGUGGAAGCGAUAUUUUUUUCAUAGGAUGGUAGGGGAAGGUCCCGCCUCCUUUGCCUCUGAUUGGUUAGAAAAGCUGGAAAUGUCAUCACACACUGAAGCUGAGCGCGGGCUGUAGGCUCUGUACAUCGAACAGAACAUUGCAGAACAUUAUCGCACUUCUGAAUCUCCUAACCCUAACCCGACAGACGAUGACGUUUCACUGCCAUAAUGAAUAACCAAUCAGGCCCAGCACUUCUAGCCAAUCAGAGGCGAAGGAGGUGGAACCUUCUCCUACCAUCCUACGAAAAAAAAUAUUGCUUCCUGGAAGCCUCCUCCACUGUUGCCAUGCAACAAAGUUUGGCUUCUUUUAUAGUACGACAAAUUUGCCUUCUGAGGGAGAUUCACUGUCUGGUGAUGUCACAAUAUGAGCAAAUCUGGUCUCGAUCUCACUAAAUUCUCGUGUGAUUUUUUCAUCCAUGUGUGGGAAACAGAAUAUUUGAAAGGUCAACCUGAUGUUGAGCUCUUUCAAAAGAUCUUUUUUAUCAGUUUGAUUCAAGAGGAAUGACAAUCUCACCAUUUGGGUUACUUUUGUAGCCCUACAAAUGAUGAAAAACGCAUUUGGAAUGUGUUAUCUCUCGUCGCUUUUUCUCAUAAAAAAGAAAAACUUAACCAAAACACUUUUGUUUGGGCGCUUAUUGCAGAAAAUGGGGCUUUUAUGAGCUUUUUUUGGUCACUUUGGUUGCAUAGUAACUGCCUCCCUCCUGGAAUAAGUGUGUCCUUGUGCGAUCAGUUGGAUUACACACCUCUAAACGGGCAAAUUGGAACCAUGAGCACUCUUAGAUCAACACAGCGAUCAAACAGCAAUAACACAGUUGUCCGGUUACGCUGGAAUGUAAACAGAUAACAGGAACAACAUGAUGCUUAUCUCGGUUUGAGUGUUUUCAGCCUCAUGCUGCUGUGGUUUCGUGUCAGACAGACGGCAAUGACGGGAGAAAUCUCUGUGAUUAUGCCUUUACUGUUAUUGGAGAAGAGGAGAAGAUGAUUGCCUGUGUUGUCUGUAAUGAGUGUAAUUUGGACUGUGAGCAAAUAAUCGUCAGUCACUGAACUACAGUUAUGUGAUGUUAGAGAAGGUUAAACACCGUACAGGUUUCUGUCAUGACGAAAACAAUGCUUAUAUUGCUGUUCAAGUUUUUUUUUACUGUCCAAUUUAAGAUCUCUGUUUUAUUUUACUUGCAAACAUCAAACACGCAUUAAUAAACUCUCCUGAUCCCUGAGACUUUAAUGGUUAUUGUUUGUGCAUUCCCUCGCAGGCCGUAAACUGACAGGAGCAGAACAAGGGGAGGAAGAAGAGGAGAGCAAAAAUGGAGGAAGAGAAGGAGGAGAAGAUCCUUCAGUUGGCACAUCGCUGUGCGAGAAAGCGGUCAGCGAAAUUCUGCAGAGCCUGGCUGAACUGAACGUGGUCAAACCUGGACAGACUAUUAUAGUAAGAUAAGGCGCGCGCAUACAUACACACAAACAAACAUUCAAGGGUUCGUGCGUUGUUUUAUUUCUUUAUAAUACAGAUUUUAAAACUGCUGACUCAGCGAUUCCAUCAGUAGGAUUGGGAGCAGAGUGAUUUGAGUGUGCGCUUUGAUUUCCGAUUGUGUCGUUUCUCCAAAAAUAAAUAAAUAUAUUGUCAGGUAAUAUAGGUGGGAGUGAUUCCCAGGUUAGGUGUUUGUGUGGUGAAAUGCUUGAGGUUCAUUACUUUUGUCACGUUACCCACAUAAACAGCAGCGUCAUCAGAGAAAGAAAAACAACACAAUGCAAAUGUUUCUGAAGAACCUUCAGGUAUGCCUGAUGUUUUUAAAAACAUGUCCGACAGCCUCUCUGAAACUUUCAAUAUGAGCGACACAAUGUGAAGAUGGUGAAUGUUCGCACUUUUUCAUCCUGUCAGCAGCAGAGUCCAUAUUUUAAUAUUUACAGGUUCCUUUCCUCCAGACUUCUCUGGCCUUGUAGCUGUAGGACUUCAUCUCUGCUUUGAUUCAUCGCUUUGGCUUUAGUCGUGUUUUGAUGCUGUUAUCCGAGCAAUCUGCUGCCAAACGGCUCAUUGAACUUUGAAAGCGAAGCAAAGUGCUUUGUCAUCGACUGCAGCACCUGACCAGAUCAGAGAGUGCAGUUCUCUUUCGCUGGCAGCAGAUUCUGCAGGUAUAAAUUCACCUGUGCACUCUCCCCGUAAAUGAAGCGACUACAUUUUUGUUCCUCUGCUUUUUUAGAUCUGUCAGACUUUAAAUCCAUAUGGAGUUAGGAAAUUAUCAUUCAAGAGUAUUUGACUGUGCAGACACUCAGGCUGUGGUGUGUCAUGAUGUGUUCAUUUGGAUUUGUCACUAAAGCGAGUGUGGGAGAUGCAGCUUAUAUGAGGCUGCUAAAAGAGAGGGAGAGAGAGAGAGAGAGAGAGCGAGGGAAGUAAAGAGAGAGCUGGAUUGGACUGGGGGAACUUGGAUAUUCCUGCUGGCUGUGAAAGGGGGACACCUAAUCCCAAAAACCCUAGUCUGUUCUCUUUGAUUUUCUGAGAAACGCCAGCAUAAUCCCAUUGAAGGGUUCAUGAACAUCUGCUCCAUGGAGAUAAGAGACGAAAUGAAGGAGAGAGAAAAACAGAGCGAGGGAGAGAGAUGGUGGAAGGGAGCUCAGAUAGUGUGCACAAAGACUCAACAAAAAGAUAUUAACCACACAUAAUGCUGAUUGUACUGGAGUGAAGAAAAUCACCCUCAAACCAUCUGAAGGGUUUGAUCUACCUGUGUUCAAACUGCACGGUUAGUGCUGUGAGUUUGGUCUGCUUUCGUUUUCGGUUUAAGACCCUGAAAGCUCAUUUCUCUUAUCAGCUUUUUAAUGUGAACAAGAACAUUCUGGAUGAGCUCUUUGUGAGACUGACAGAGUUAAAAAAAAAAAAAAAGUGUUGAGUUAUUUCACAAAAGAUUUCUGUUUUGUGUUUGUUUUGCUUUUUCCAUCAAUUUGAUGAUCAUUAACUUUCAGAAAAGUUAAUGAUCUGGAGCGACACCUGCAGGUUAGUUCAAGCAGGCGACUCGUGAUGCACUAAAUUCUUAAUUUGAAUCUUCCCAGUUUGGUUCUGUUCUGACAGUACCACCUCUGACCUAGACCAUUAUGUCCAGCAGGCACCUGCAGGCUCCAAUCUGUAGGAGGAUUAAGAUAUUAUGCUUUUUAUUAAAUUCGGCAUGUGGAGUAAUCUUUCUGGUGUGAUAAGGUUUGUUGCCUAGAAGAGCUUUCCUAAUUUUGAAACUGUUUAAUCUCUCCCACAUUUUAUACUAAUAAAAAUCUCCAUGUAAAGCUUUGAUAAGUAAUUGAUAUAGUUAGUGUGCUGUAAACAUAUACAUGCACUAAAAAUAUGCAUUAGUAUGGAUUUAUAAUCUGUGUGCAAUGUUUUCAAAUCUGUGUGUGGAUUACUAUUCCUGCACACAGAUUCUAAGGUAACUCAAAUCUUUAUUUAGGCAUUUCCUGUUGGUAGUAUUUUUUGACGGUAGUGUACUCAUACUUCUGCUAUUUUAUUAAUACUGCAGGAUACCUUACAAUCCUAUUAUUGCCUGAUCUUAAAGCAAAGACACCAAGUACAAAAAACAUUCUGCUGCUGCUGUAAUGAAACUUUGACCCAUCCCUGAGUUAACUGACUGAAUCCUAACUGUGAGCACCAAUCAAAGCAGGUUUGAGGAGCUUAAAAAUCCAAGUCUGAUCACAUUUGAAGUGUUAAACGCUCAUUUUAUGUUGCUGCUUUUAGGAAAAAUCAUGUAUCACCAAACUGAGCAGACUUACUGAUGAUUGAUAGAAAUAUCACAUUUUAAUCAAACUAAAGGAAGGUCCUGAUUGGUCUUUAAAACAUGUGACACUGUUUUUAUGUAAGCCCCACCUAUUUCAAGACCCUCAAAUGGAAACUAGAAGAAGAAAUUGACUGAAACUUUUCAAAACUAGUGGAAAAACUCACGCCUGCCGAUUAAAGUUUGAAAUGUUGUAUUCAUGUUUCAGUUUUCACUCAUACUCCAGUUAAGGUCUUUGUGGUCUUUGAUGUUGUGUUUUUGCAGUUCACACUCUCUUGUCUUCAAUAGCUAAAAAUCUGUCAGUCAAUAAUUCUUCUCUGGACUCUUGGGAGUUCACUUUGUUUUUAUCAACCUUUAAAGAUCCUCUUUAUUCUCUCCUCCUCUUAAGUCCUCACUCAGAAAACCAAGCUUAGACUUGUAACAGGAGGGUUUUCUUUGAGGGCUUCUCCUGGGAGGUUUUAUCCGUUCAAACUAAGUUGUUGGUUUCUUCAGGACACAGAAUGAGAAUGAAACAAGUCUCUAUGACAUUAUUUUAUACUCUUUCAAAGUGUUUUUUUGUUUGUUUGUAAUGUCUGAGUGAGGAUGAUGAUGGUGGUAGGAGUUAGGAGCCUCUACACCAAGACGAAUCUUCUUUGUUUUACAGUGUGCAAUAUCUCCCCCUAGUGGUGUAAUUUCAGAGUUACAGCAGUCUGUCUCCCACAACAGUCUGCACCUUUUUCUCUUGACAGAUGAAGCAGUAUUUUACUAAUAUACAUUUAUGAGUUUAAUACAUUUAUGCAUGACUUAUCAUGGCACCCCAAGGAUCUGUCUUCAAAAAUAUUCACAUUCAGGAAGCAAAGAGACUCAGGGCGGUUGAAUAGAGGUUGAGGAAGAGGGCAUGUGGUGUGAUAAUGAGUUUAGAGAUUAUUCCAGCUCUGGUGAGGAGUGACCGUGGGGCUCUGGAUCAGUUGGUCCCAGUCUUGAUCUCAGGGACUGGGUUGUUCAGUCCAAUUGGUUUCUUAAUGAGGUUUUUUUUGGUACCAGGUCUAAAGAAAGAAAUCUUGUACAUCAUAUAGAUUUUAAAAAUGUCCUUUCUCAGCCUAAAUGUUUUCUCUUUUGUCUUUGUUUCUGAUCAGGACUUGGAUCGGAGGUCCCUCUUCACUGUGACAUCUCAAGGCGUCACUCCUGGCAGCCCUUGCUCUACAUCUCUCACCCCACUGGCAUCGCAGCACUACCUGCAGCUCCUUCAGCAGCAGCUGCAGCAGCAACAGCAGCACACACAGGUGGCUGUGGCACAGGUGAGGGACAGACACAUGCAUUCAGACACACUGUGAUGGUUGUUGACUCAGAGCCUUAAAGCUACUAUAAGGAACUUUCAGAUUGUAUUGAUUCUGAUCAUUCUCAAAAAAAUGUAUCAUGCCUUUUUCUGAAAAAUGUUUGACCCACUAUGAAUGAACCAUGGGAAAAAGGCUGUUUCUGCAGAGUGUGUAACAUCCCUACUUCCUUCACUUACGCUGCAGCACCGAUACAAAGUGAAAUUAAAUAUAGAAAACAGUAAGGGUUGUCAACAUUAAUUUCAUCCUGUUUCGUGACUGGUUAAAAUCCUCAAAAGAGCUUUAAACUAAAACUGUAAAAUAUCUUUGAAUCAUGCUGUAUUGUGCGAUUUAACUUAGUUUCUGUCAAUGAGUUAGUCUUUUCUACCAAUUUUGUUUCUUUAAAGUUUAAAAUAAGAAGAAAAGGACUGCAGAAACACUUUUUAGUUUAAGAAAAGGUUUAAGUGGUGAAUAUGGAAGCCGUAUAAAAGUAUUUUAUUAUAAAAGAGUCUAAUCUAUCUAUCUAUACAUACAUAAAUACAUAUAUACAUUUUAUUGUUUUGUAUGUACCUUUUUUAAAGGUUAUUUAUAUGAUUAUUUAUAUGAUUGGUUAUUUAUAUGAUUACUUUUAUACAGGUUUAUUACACGGCAGUCAUCUGAUGUAAGUGGAAGUUUGUUUUAAGCAAGCUGCAGGGAUUAUAAAUUUGCUUCAUCCUGCACCUUUCCAGUCUUGGCAUUGGAAAAAUUAAAAUGAAAAAAAAAAAAAAAAAAAAAGUUAAAAAGUUUUUUUUUUUUUUUUUUUACUUUUAAGAUGGUUAAAAGUGUUUUGUUGUUUCAUUGUUGUUUUAUCAUUUUUCAGCUCAAUUUCAUUGGGUCACCUUGGUUAAUUUAUCGAUGAUAGUCAUUCCUCCGAGUCUGUGCUUCCAAUUUAAUCUCCCAUUAAGCAGUUAAUUUCAAAUCACACGCUCACAGAGGCUGUCCUAAUAACGAACAUGAUCAAUAUGAACUAAAUGAAGCCAGAAACUCACUUGCUUUCAGUAAAAUGUACCAAUUAUUAUUCCAAUGUACCCUAACUCUCCGUUCAAUUUCAGUAAUUCUCCUCAAAUCUGACAGAUUGAUCCUGGCUUUUAUCGUUCAUUUACCAUGUCCGAUAUGGCAUGAAUUAUUUAUUUGGCUGUACUGUUUGUCUUUUCCAAUAUUCUUCCACUAGGGGUCAGCACCUACAUAAAAAUGAAGGAAAGUCAGUUCAGCACAAUGCAGGCAUUGCUGAAAUUAGCAAGCACGUUUGUAACUAAACAUCUACUGAUAUUCAUUAAACAUCCUAUUUGUAACAACACUUCAGGAUGUGCACAUCUAUUGCUGACUUUUUGAUACAUUUAGUGAACAGUUUAUUGCACCAAUGUGAAAAAAAUAACCAGUUAGGAGUUGUUGAUCUACCUCAGACACUAUCCAGUCAUUAUGUGGGUCUCAAUCUUGUGAUUAAAGUCUGAUUUCAUCUUUACUAUAUUAUAAAAGACACAAUGAUGGUGAUUUGGAAAUGAUUAAGCAGGAAACAGGAAGUUGUCUGACCAACAUUUGGACUCAUACUGAUUGUAGUUUUACUCAUGAAUCAGAUCAGUAUUUUCCACACUUGAACAAACACACCUUAUAACAGCCCGACCUUGUCCUUUGUGUCCACUCCAGGUGCAGCUGCUGAAGGAUCAAAUGGCAGCAGAGACAGCUGCCCGCAUGGAGGCCCAGGCCCGCGUCCACCAGCUGCUGCUGCAAAACAGGGACCUGCUGCAGCACCUGGCCCUGCUGGUGCAGCAGCUGAAAGAGCUGGAGGCCCGCUCCUCCAACGCGACACAGCAACAACAGGAGUCUCUGGCUAACGGACACAGUAAGUAUCUCCAGAGGUGACCGUUAGGACUAGUGUAAUCCCUCAGAGGGACUCGUGUCAGGUCAGGGUCUUUCAUGCUCUGCAGUUCUUGACAUCACUCGGCGGCUUGUUGACGAGGAGAUGUUUAAUCAGCCAUGACACUAACUAUGAUCCCUCACUGGCUUCCUGCCUGAAAACAUUGUCCUUCGUGUUUGAUGGGCAGAAGCACAGCUGCCAGUGUUUGAACUUCACUCUGCUUGGGGUCGUGGGUGCUUUUCCCUUUAGGCCACCUGUAUAUCUUUUAAUUAAGCAUUUAACUUUUAUCCUCUAAAAGAAGAAAAUCAGUGUCUGCCAAGUGUCUGCAAACACGACCAGUUUAAGCACUUGCUUUUAUGUCUAAGAUGUCUUGAUGAAAGAAUCAAAGGAGGUUAAGAAAGGGAGAUUUAUUUAUGCAGCACCUGUCAGAUAAGAGACACAUCACAGUGCUUUAAAAAGGCUUGACAUGAAUACAUAAAAACGUCAUAAAUUAAACAUGAAAGACUGAGAUGACAAAAACAAAAAAAAAAAUCUAAAAUGAAUCUCUUUUCAAAGAUAAAGAAAGUCAAAGCGAUAAAAAGUUCUGGGUUUCAGUACUCUGGAAAGUACAUUAUGAGAAAUCACGGAUUGUUCACAUUAGAUAAUUUUCAUAUUUAUUGCAAAAUUGAAACAGAAAAGCUCGAUCCAGAAUGCAAAGCCAAGACUGAAGAGAGAAUCAGAGUGUCCUCUUAGAGCAUGAAUACAUACAGUAACACCUGUUAGUUAUCUAAUACCAACAAGUGCUUUUCUUGAAGGUUGAGAAUCCACUCAGGCUAUCACAUUUAUUUAACUAGAUGUUUUCCAAGCGUUAAAUGUGUGCAGAUGAUAGGAGAUUGAAUAAUAUUACAUAAGUUGCACAUUUUUUGAUAUAUAACAUGUAGACUGUACAUGCAUGUUGGUAAAUAUUACACUCAGUGAAAAGGGGGCCUGUGGGAGAACUGACCUUGGACCAAGACAUGGCUCGUUCAUGUUCUCUGGAAGUCCCUGAGCUCCAUCAUGUCGUUGGUUUAUCUAGAUCGCUGCUGCUGAUGAUCUGCUGCUGUGGACUUGCCUACUUUCCAGCUGCAUCAACUACUUGCAUUGAUCUUAUUUCUGUCCAUCUCUCUCUUUCUGCAUCUCCCUCUAUUCUUUCUUUAAAACCCAAUGCAGCAGUGGCAGAUGACUGUCUAACAUUAGUCUGGUUCUGCUCAAGGUUUCUGCCUUUUGAAGGAAGUGUUUCCUCCCCAUUGUAACUUGCUAAAUGCUGUAAAGUGUUUCACUCAUGUGGAUGAAGAUGGGAAGGGACUGGGUCUGAUAUUACACGAUGGGGCUCAUCCAAUCCAUCUUUUCAUUGAGUCUUUGUAAAUAGAAUAUGGUCUUGACCUUUUUUCAAGUAUCUUGGGGUAACACUUGUUGUGAAUUGGUGCCAUAGAAAUGAAGAUUAUUGAUUGAUUGAUUGAUUGAUUGAAGCACUUAAAGGUCAGCUCGACUGAUCCAAGAAUUGAUCAUCUCUGAAAUUAUGCAUGUCUAUGCAAAAUGUUUAAACAUCCUUCUUAUUGAUUUUAAGAUAUUCAUGUUUGUGCAAUCUAAUUCAAUCUAAAUGAACAGAUUAUUAUAUUUUCUUCUGAAAAGUGUUAAUUCAGCUUUAUGUGUAUUACCGUAUUACUAUGUGAAGCAAUAGCUUUCAGUGCUGUUGACCUGAACUGACCUGUAUUUCCAAUCAUCUUACCCUCCAUGAUUUUACCUCUUAAUACCUUAUACCUAACGUAACGUAACAAUCCAGUAAAUGGACUACCUUAUUUACCAAAACACAUGUAGUUAGGUUCAGACUACUCUGGCAGAGGUGGUUAGAGCACAUCACUGUUAACUUUCAUUGAAGUGUAGUUUACAUCAUGUUAAAUAGAUCUGCCUUGGCACUAUUUGGACAUAAAAAAGCAUUUUUUCGACUCUGGUUGUGUUGAUUAGAGACCAGAACAGGAUUAUUGAUCUCACUUUAAAACGGUUUUGCGGUUUUACAAAAGCUUUAUAAUGAAAUCGAGGGCCUCACGUUGUGUUAAACAGCAUGCUCACUCUGCAUCACACAAUGUGUCAACAUAUUUUCCAAAACAAUAGCCUCUCUAUACUAACCUAAUAAGAGAUUAUAUAACCGCAGUGGAUUUAAAACCAUUCUGUCUCAUUAUCUGGCACUCCCAGACUCUGCGAGAAGUUAUGAUAGUGUGAACAAUUUUAUUAUGGAAAAAAACAAAAACAACACAAACUAAACUCACAAGUACGCACCACGUGGAAGCACACACCUUUCUCCCACUGGAGGGUUUUUGGAGGAGGAAUUUAUUUAUAGAUGCUGAAAAAGAGUCAGUCUGCCAGAUAUCAAUGAGAAACCACACACACACACACACCCACACACAAACACACACACAUACACACUGAACAGAGCUGAAUGAGUGUGUGUGUGAGUGUGCAUUAAAGUGUUAUGCAGUGUGUGCGUCUGAAAAUAAAACGUCAUGUUUCAUGCUUGAAUUAAUCAUAUUAGUCCCUUUGAUCGAAAAUGCUAAUCUUGCUAAUCUCAGACAUGGCUGGACUAAGUGUCUCCUGGAAUCAAGCCAACUGCUCUGUUCAAUAAUGAGAGUCAGCACUUAGGAGAAAAAAAAACAGUUAGCUGUAGAUGAAUCGUCCCUGCAUCUUGAAUCAUUUUUCCUUUUGUCUGUUUUUGUCUUCCCAGGUGAUCAGCAGUCCUCCAGCAGCCCUGUUUCCACCUCAGCUAAGUCCCUGUCCCUGAAUCUGAAGAAUAAGUACAGCCAGGCCCUGGAGCAGCUCAUCACUUCCACCCCUGCAUGGCCCCUCCAGACCUCACCCCUCUCCCCCUCCCAGGUGGACAGCGCAGAGUCCUACCUGAACCUGCUGAACCUGGAGAACAGCUCCAAAGUGGACGCCCCAGUCAAUGGGGACCUGGACCCCUUCAUCAGGGCCAAUGAGAUGGCGGGGAGCAAAGAGAGCUCAGGCAACGAGAUCGUCCCGUUCACACUGAGAAACUCUGCCAACCUGGAUGAAAAGUAAGACAGCUGUACUUUAGUUUACUGCAAAGCAUACUGAAUUGCUAAAGCAUUAAAGGAGAAGUUCAACACUUUUUAGAAAUGUUCUUGUUUAGUUUCUGGCGAAGAAAACUGACUUGUUGCUGUAACAUAAAUGAGACAUCCUGAACCAUGGUGAAAGCUAGGGCACUCAACCUGCAGGUAGUCUUUACAACAUAAAGGUCAAACCGCUUCAUUGCAACUCAAUGCAUGAUCAUGUGACAUGAUGCCAAAACAACUAUUCUCGCUUUAACUUAAAGGUGGGGUAGUCAGGAUCUGAGGAGGUGCCAGUUUUGUGAAGGAAUCUUGAAUGUAAACUCGACCCCUCCCAACCAGUUUUCCCCUCAGCUCCUCCUCUCCCCUCCCUCUCUGCUCCAGCAAGCCCCGCCCACAAACAGACGCUCCUGCUCGCUCGUAUUGUUCCAAUUAAAUUCAGAUAUAGCCACACAUCCUGUGGUUUCCUGCCAGACAGCAAAUAUUUCACAACAUGUUGAACUGAUCCUCUAAAGUCUCUUCUUUUGUGAUACCAGUUGGUGUGUGUUCGAGGUUACCAGGCCACACAGUGACAAACACACACAGCGACACACACACACACACACACACACACACACACACACACACACACACACACACACACACACACACAGGCGGUAGCUUUUAGUGUUAUUAGCGUAGAACAGCUCAGCUCAGCAGAAACAGCCCACGGCUAAUGAAAGUGUGACGAUAACCGAGGGAUUACAGAACACACAGAAAGAGGAAAAGGAGGUUUGGGGUUAGAAAAACAAAGAGCAGAUCAGAGUUUAAAGUGAAAAGCGAGAAUCAGAGAAAGAAAGAAUGAGAUUUGAAGAGAAACACAGAAACUCCAUCAGGUUUCACUCUCAGUCUCAGCGUUUCUAUUUCAUGAAAUAACAGAUUUUAAGAAGCUGCUUAAAACACGUGUCGAGGGAGUAAAGAGGGUAAAUGGAAUCGUUUUCUCUGGAAUAAUUUAUAAGGUCUGCUUUUCAAGGAUAUUUUAAGCUCUAGUUCUCGCUGUCUCGUACAGUUUAUCUCAUUGAGUGCUUCCACUGACUUUAAUUCUGACUUACGGUCCGACUCUUGUACAGCUUUGUGAUACACAAGCAGCUUACACCUCACACUCAAACAUAUAUGAAGCUACAGCAUGUAAUGACUUUGUAAUGAGCUUUUUAAUGAGCUUUUAAUCGCUUUAAAGCCGCCACAAAGACCCGUCGUGGUACAAGGAAAAACAUUACAACAUGAGAUCAAGCAGGACUCAGCUUUUAGCCAUCUCUUUUCUUUUAUCAUCUCUCUCUAGUCAUCACGCAAGAAUCUCAAAAGAGGGUGUUUAAAGUUGAUUUCCAAACAGACAAGUGAAAAGAAAGAGGCUGGGACUGACUCUAUGGUUUGGUGUGUAUUUGGCGUGGCUGUCUGCUUUUGUUUAAUGUGUGUUUGUCUGCAGUCUAGCUCUAUACAGCCACACAUCCUGUGGUUUCCUGCUGCACAGACUCCAGCCAAUCACAGCUCUUAGCCCUCCACAACAUGAAACUCUACCCAGCUACAUAUGUCCGAUAGGUUUCCCCCUUUUUUUUCCCUUUCGCAUGAGCUCGAAGCAAAAACAGAGACUGCACUUUCCUCCUUAUUACUUUCCAUUUCCAUUUCCACAUUUGAGUAUUAGCUCUGCAAGCCAAGUUAAACUCUCCCGUCUACCUUUGUUUAUGUUACAUAACAACCUGCAUCUCUCCCGCUCCUCCUGAGCUUGUCUCUGCCACCACAUUUUUCAUUUUCUCACUCAGAGGCUUAAAAAGAAGAGAAGCUGAGAAAUGUUCGUGCCAGGACAUUUUUAUGUUUUCUCUUCAAAGUGACCCCCUCCCUCUCCCUGCAGUCCCUCCUCCCUCCUUUACUGGUUUUUAUUUGCUUCCUUUCCUGCAUGACAUCAUCUUUCCAUCAAUAGCAUCAUAAAAUUUAAUGCCGGUUUAGUAAACAAAUGGCGCAUUCGCAUAAUGAAGCUUGUGCUGGAAAAAGACACUAAUAACUUAGUUGAUGAUUUGAGAACAACUCUGACCUUUCAGUGUGUGGAAAAUCAGUGUAGAGAGGCUCAUUUUAGGUCUGCAUAUUAGUCUCAGUGCAGCAAAAGAAAAUCCCAGAAACCGCUGCUUUAUUGUGUUAUUUUCAAACUCUUUGCAUUACCUCUCCCGCAGUCACACUCUCCGUCUCGCUCUCCCCCCCUCCACCAGGCAAAUUUUAUUGCUUCCAUUUGCUUUUGUUUUCUGGAUUUCCCCGGCGAAUCAAUGUUUACAGCCUUGGUGGCCUGGUUUUAUGUCUUGCAGACUAGCAGACAGUCAGAUACUCCUCUGCCGUCCCUUCACCCCGUCUGGCCUCCUCCUCUUCCUUAUUCUCCAUUUUAUCACCCAGCCUUAGCUGACCUCCACCCAGGUCCAGAUCUGGUCAAGCAAAACCAUCAAAUGUGUUCACCUCACAUUACAAGUGCAGCCAGGCUUGAAAUCACUCUUGAAUUAUCAACCAGUACGAUCAUAAGUGUGUUUGUGUGCUCUCACACUGGCCAGCUGUCUUUUGUGCUAUCUGAUCUGUGCAUACGGUAUGUUGACAUUGAACGGUACUAUCACGCUUUGCACAACAAACCAAGAGUGGAAGUAGAAAUAAAACUGGAUGUUUUUUUUAUCUUAAUGGAGCCAUAAAUUAUUUGCAACUUUUUAAGAGUGCAUUAUGUGAAAUCUAGCGGAACAGACAUGGUAGAAAUUGAUUAUAUUUAUGUUUAAAUUGGUUAAAAAUUAGUUUUUAUCAUCUUAGAGUGAGCCUUUUAUGUCUGCAAAGGAGCAGGUCCUUUUUCCAGGCAGCCAUUAUAUAUCUAUGGUGGACCAGAAUGGACAGACUAGCAGCAUACAUGUUUUUCUUGUAUUUAGUGAGUGGCUGCAUGAAAUGGACUGGUUGGUAGAUGAAUAAGAGGAGAGGGAUUGUUAUGCCUGAGUGAAUUUGUAUAGAGAUAGAAGCUUCUGAUGGUAAAAACGUGACAAAUUAAGGACUUUUUGACCUUAGGGGCCACCGUCACUUAAUUAACAGAAUGGGUGAGCAAGGGAGCAUUUUAUACAGUGUUUUUACAGUGUUUCCUUAAGUCACCAUCCUAACAUAACAAAACAUGAACUCAAAAAAAUAACUUUUACAUAUAAAGGUGGGGUAGGCAGGAUCUGAGGAGGUGCCAGUUUAUGGGAGAAAUCUUGAAUGCAAACUCUACCCCUCCCAACCAGUUUUCCCCUCAGCUCCUCCUCUCCCCUCCAUCUCUGCUCCAGCAAGCCCCGCCCACAAACAGACGCUCGUCCUCACGUUCCAAUUAAAUUCUGAUAUAAUGCAGAUAAAUACUUCAGAUAAUUACAAAUGGGGCCCAGUCAACGUGAAAGUAAACAGCAUUGGUGUUACUUUAGAUGCCAACAGACUACCAGCAAACACAAUGUUUGCAGGACUUCUACAACUAGGAUAAAGUGACAUACUCCAGGACCCGAGGUCAACAGUUUAGUGGCGCUACAACACGCAGCAGGUCCCAUUUGACAAGAAACACUUCUGCUACACUUGGCUUACUUUGUUAAAGCGGUUAACCUGUCCAGGAAAAAGGUUACAGGGUCCGUAAGAUCCCGAAGUGUCCCCCAUCGUUUAAUCAUUGAUGUUGACCCGUCUUUUUAGCUCUUGUCCGGUCUACCGCCUUUUUAUGCACCUGUUAUUCCACCAGAGUCUUUGGUAUUUACUUUGUUUUCUUGCUUGUGUUUUCCGUACUUUCUGGUUGGUUUUCACUGUCCAAUGUUGUAGCACGCUAACUUUGUUUGGGCUCGUGCACGUUAUUGGAGGACGUGGAGUGUGCCUCACAACACGAGGGAGCAGCAUCUGCCUCACAACCAAUCAGGAUGAGGGAGGCAGAGAACAGCUCUGUUUACAGUCAGAAAGAGCAAGCCGCUCAAAAUAUGUAAAAUGUUGACUACACAGACAUAACAAAUACAGGGAUAUCAUUGUAUUACCAAUUGUCAUCAAUAACUAAUAGCUAUUAACUGAUAAUGAAAGCUUUUUUUAUAUACACCACAAAAAAAAGCUUCUUUAACAGAAUUCUGCCUACGCCGCCUUUAACUCAACACUAACAUUUAGUUCAACACAUUGACUGUUAUAUUUCUAAUUUCAUGUUUUGUUUUUGCUGUUGUUGGUCAUUAGCAAAAGUACUGACAAGAGUAAUAUUGAUCAGACGGUGGUGCUAGAUGAGAAAAAGUCUGAGGAUGAUGAAAAGGCAGGAAGGUAAUCAGCAGAUCUGAAAGCAAUACUUAUUAAGAACUGUCAUUUAAAAGUCCUAAAAAUAAAUCUGAACAUCACCAACAUCAGUAACCUGUAACAUCUGAGAAUAAGUCAUGUGAAACUUUGUGAAAGUCAUCCCUAUAGAUGUUGAGCUUGAGCCAUGAAGCUUAACGCUGCAGCACACCCACUCAGAGCCGAAACCAACACAUAUGGUGACCAGCUUACAUGAACAUCAAACUUUACAUCAUUCAUCAGUGAGUCAUGCUUCCCCGUAGAGAGGUAUAGCCUGCACUCUCUCACGCAUUUUCACUCUCUGACAGUAUUAACUGUUGCAUAAUCACAUUUCCUGACCUAUCAGGGAUCUUGCCUUCCCCUCUUUACUACAUUUUGUUUCCCUCUUCAUCAUUAACAUCAUCCUCUGUGUCCAAGCUGAACCGGCAGCAUCGUCAGCCGCUAAUUCAAUAGCAUAGAUUAUAUGAUUGGAGUGUAAUGGAUGAUGAUGAUGAUUUCCAGGCAUUGUGCUGCAGUUUUUUAAUUGGAGGAGGUUGUUUUUUCUGGAGUUUUUGGGAGGGGUGGACCUGUUUUUCAAGGUUAUAACUGAGAGGGCUAAAAGUUGAUCUAUUAGCUGUUGUGUAACAUUCGACAAAGACUCAUUCAGGCAGGUAACUCUUUAUAAUAAUUGGUCCAUUUUUUUAAAAGAUUUUCAGACACUUAAAGAUGUCAUAGUCUUGCAGGCUCCCACAUUCAUCCACCUACAUGCUUAAACACCCCACACACACUUACCACACACUUAGACGGGUGUUAUUAAAAAGCAAGGUCCACUUACAAAAGGCCCCUUUGUGAAUUUUGAACCCCCUGCUAGUUUCUUUCAGCUGCUUUUUUGUGUUUGUGCGUCUGAAAUGUUGAAGUAUUGAGGAUUUUAACAGAAGCUGGUCUUUUCAGAGGCCUCAGUCAAUCGGACGUCUGAAAUGUUUCAAGGUUUUUUUUUUUUUAUCCGUCUUCUUCACCUGUCGAUCUGGAGAGCUCCCCCAGGUUGUUUCUAAAAUGUGUUUCUGCUGGUGUUAUUGAAAGUUACUUAGCAUGCUGUUUAUGACUCAUAGAGUAUAAACUGUGAACAGUAUGAGGGCUCAUUUUUGCUUCUUGAACAUUCUUGCUGCUUUCAUUUCUUUAUUGAUUCGAUAUGAUUCAAAAUGAACCCAGUAAUACUCAUCUUUAAAGCUAUAAGUGCAAUCCUUUAGCCGCCUAUUUCUUCCAGCGGGUGUUUUGCUAACUUCAAGACAACCGGUGCUUUGAAUUUUAAUGAAACACUUAAAAAAACUGCAAUCCUUGAUAAGCAUUUUGCUGUAUGGUUCAUUGUCAUUCUGGGUUCAGUCUGAGCUUGUUCUCCCCCCUCAUGAGUGGAUUGAAAAGUCUUGUAAAAAUCUCCUUAAAGACCUUGAUGAGACACAGUUUGAGGUCUUGCAAAGCUCACUCAAAUCUUCAUAGUUUCAUUAAAUUGUGUCUUAUUUUCGUAGAGAAGUUUAAAGUAAAAGAGUCGGUGUAGAUAAAACAUAUGGUGUGAAGUUCACUGCGGCUCCCUGGGUGCUUUUUAAUGAAAACAUCAACAAAAAACUAUUUGGUUUAGUGAGCCACUAUGGACAAAUUGAAGAGAAAGAUUUCACCAUCGGGGGUAAAAAACAGAAAAAGAUGACACAACUAACUCUCCCAUGUUCUUUUUUUUUUUUUUUUUAAUCUCAUCUUUGUAAAAGAAACUUUUUUUAAAGCAGCUUUGGUUCUCAUUUGCUGCUCAUUGGUAUUUAAGUGUUUAUUUCAGGCAUAAAACUAAUGGGAGAAAACCUGUACUGCUAUAAUAGCUGAUUUGUAUAUUGCUGUAGGAACUUAAGUUUAAGUUUGGAAAUAACAUGUGGGCCUUUACUGGUCAAAAUAUUGGGAAUUUACUCACCAAAUAUAAAAAUUCUAUCAUUGACUAGCAAAAGUAACAACAUUUAAUCUAUCAGACGAUAAAUAGAGACUUUAUCAUGGCUGCUCAUAUUGUAUUUAUGGAAAACUGGGAUUAAUUUCACAGAUCUCAUGGACGCCUAAACUCAAAGGAUCUUUAAACAUAUUGGGAAGCCUGUAAAAAGUAAAAGAAAAUAGUUACUGGGUACAAAAUGAUAACUUCAUUUCCACAAAGAAAUUCAGAGGAAGAUAUUGCAGCAUCUAUUUUUCUUUAAUAUGUAGUCUUUAGCUAAUUAUUGAUGAACCUUAAGCAUAGUGAGGGGGUUCUGCUGAUGAGGACAUCUUGGAUGAUGAUCUGAUUGAUGAUCUAGGGCUGGACGACUCAACAAGCUGGUCACCCCCUCCCACAUUAACUUCAUCUACUUCAACCGCUGCUCCAUCUCCUCACCUGUCUUUCCCUCUUUGUUAUGGACUGGAUCGGGUUGAGUCAUGUCUCUGACGUAGGACAACAUCUUCAAGGGACAUGAGACCAUAGCCUACUUACACACAUCCAAAACCAACUUUUAUUUAUUUUUUUGACACCAAAUAUACUGAUAUGGGCAAAAUGACAUUGGUUAUUGUCAUAAAUUUUGGUAUUGGUAAAUUUUCAGUUCAUCGCCGAGCCCUGUGAUGAGCCUUGAGGUUAUUUUUAGGAUUGCUUUUAAAACUCUGGGAACAAGUCAAGCAUAUAAGCCAGUAUGCCGAAUGCUAGCCAAAGAGAGGUGAAUUUAUACAAGAGGAUGUCCAUGAAAAGGUGAUCAGCCACAUCAGCACAGUCUCGAGAAAUCAUCCAUCAUAGUUGUAAGCAUUUUAUUUUCCUUGAUUUCUGUGGAUCCUUAAAGAUACCCUUCGCUUUAAUAUGAAAUUUUAACUAUUUUCAUCCAAAAAUUUCAGAGGCUACGUAAGGCGUUAACAUGCAAAAUCACUAACAAGGCUUUAAACCCACUCAUCCCUUUCAUAGCACCCUGAUCCUCUAAUUGUUGCCUCUCUUUGGUACAGGUGCGAGGACCCUCUCCUGCUCUUCCUCUUCCUCCUCUAACCACCCACUCAUUGUCAGGCCGCUCAAUCAAACAGACUGAAACCCCAGAAAACCAUCCAUUCGCUACCAUCCCCAUCCCCGUCCCUCUCCUUGUUUGCUGCACCAGCCCGCCUCUUCUUCUCCUCCUCCUUCUCCUCCUCCUUUUCUUCUUCUCCUCUCUGCCCCUUCUCCUCCCUCUAUGUGAGUAUUAUUCAUGACUACCAGCAUGUGGAAUUGGUGUUUUUGUAGCACAGGCAUGAGAUGAGGCAUGUAGUGGAUGAACAGUCAGUGUGGGUGUUUGCUGGGUUUGUCUGUCAGGCGCCACCUCUGCUAACGACUGCAAAAUAACGUCCAUUCCCAUACAGAUGUAAUUCUGCAUACUCAUAAUUGCAUUGGCAUUGAGGCAGCCAGCCAGUCACACAAAUGCAUGGAAGCACUUUCUGUGUUCUUGCCUCAAAAUGUUCCUGUCAAGACCUGAAAUUAUUUUGUCAGAGGAGGUUCCACCUGAACAGUCAAGCUGUCCGAGCCGAGGCAGACAAACCUCUUGAUUUUACGCAAACUUUGUCACUAGAGUUUGUGUUAUUAUUAUUCAGUGCGUGUAUGAGUGUGUGUUUUGCUAUAUGCAUGUCUCACAUACUGGAUCUCGUAAAACAGUUCUCCUGAUAUGGAGGGUUUUUCGCCGUGACUUAUACAUCACAAGUGUCACAAACUUUAAAAGCCACUUUGAGAGCAGUACAGGAAAUUUAGCAGUUUUGUUUACUUUGAAGCAUCAGAUUGAGCAUACAAGGUGAUUUCAGAUGACCAACAGAGUCCGUAUUUAUGUGGAGUCACUAAACUGAGAGUACAUGUUGAGUUUCCAGUCACCAGUGCACAACUCUGAGUCCCAACGGGGGGGAUAAAGUUGUGUUCCUACUGUCUAAGUCUGUAAUGAGUCCCCAUGUCUGAGUCUGAGCUCAAGUCAGGUGCCUAUUACCUGAUCCUAAUGCUGCACUCCACUUGUACUCGGAAGUCAGAAUUUCCGAGCUCCAAGUCGGAAAUUCAUCUGGAACGCCCCCCUGAAGUGGGAUUCCCGACUCGGAAAGUCGGACGAUCCUCACCAACCCCGACUUGACGACAACGUCAUAAUUCAAGAUGGCAGCACAGUGCAUCAACAGUAAAGAGUAGCAGUGAAAGCUAUUGUAAUGUAUUUUUUAUUAGCACUUCUGUUUUGUUUUUGUGAAAUUAAAUAAGUGGUAUAUGUUGUACUGCCCAACGUCUAACUUGAUGUCUAACACAGUGUUAUGAUGUUUGUAAGAGUAAAAUACUGUGUUAUGCGUUGUUUACAACUGGUAUAGCUAACAACAGCUAACAACAAUUGACAACGGCCAACAAUAGCUGACAAUUGUAAACAGUAGCUAACAAUGGCUAACAGUAGGCGUCCAUCUUGGUUUUUCAACUUGUUUACUGGAACGCCAUCAACUCAGGUGUAGCAUCAUUCCCAGCUCUGCUAUCCGACUUCCGAGUCCUCAUUACCAGAAUCUGAGUUUUGGUUGUAUUCAGAUAACAGGGACCAAAUAUAGACUCAGGUAAUGGGGAGUCAACUUAGACUUGCCUUCAGGUAAUGAGGGAUGCAGACUAAGGAUCAGAUAAUAGGCACACGAAGGCAAGUCUGAGUUGACUCCCCAUUACCUGACAAGUCAGUUCGAUAUUUCUUAACCCUAAGUAAAGCUGACUCUCCAUUAUCAAAGUCUAAGACAGGGUUUCAAGUCCCAUUGACAAGAUAAGUUUCUGUCCAUGUUUGGCGACUAUUUUCAAACCUGAUUUUUGGCUCUGGGUUUGAGUCAGGCCCCCAUUACCUGAGUCUUAGUCUAUGUUGACUCCCCAUUAACUGAGUACAAGCUGAGUCUUCAGUCCCAAGUGUUUAACGUUUGACAACAUAAAAGAAUCUUAUCAAGUCCCAUUUACCUGAGUGCUAGUAGAGUCCCCAUUUCCUAAACUUGAGAUCAAGUCACCCCAUUAGGUGGAUAAAAAUGUAUGUUUUAUUUUACACCUAAUGACUGUCUGCUUCCAUGACACCGAGAAGGAAAGAAUCAGGACUAUGAAGGAUAUACGAGCUGUCGGGAAAGGAAGGCUCUAAUGAUCUCCAUCAGAGGAUCUGUAGUUGUAUGGCAUCCUGGUUUAAUGAGUCCUUUAGGGUUUACCGUGGUUUGUACUUCAGAUGAAACAACAUGAAUGAAGAGACAAAGUUGGAGUGAUAAAAGACAGGGUAGAAGAAAUGGGAGCAAAGACAGAGUGGAGGGAGACGAGUCAGUGAAGUGAAGAGGAGUGGCACUGUGACAGAGAGGGAAAGUGCUGACUCAGGGUUAUGAUAAUGGGACGGUCUGCUCCUUGAUCCAGCUGCAAAUUAAUUUCCACAGCUCGGCAGUGAAGAAGAAGGAGAAGAAACAAACACAGCUGAACAUAGCUCUUCAUAAAAGAGGGAGGUAGAACCCUUAUCCGUCACACAGGGACCCCAUGUGGGCAUCACACACAGUCACAACUGUUAUGAAACCUUGAAAUUUACUGAAUUUGUUGUUGGCAAAAUUGGAAAUGGAGGCAGGAAAUUUUAAAUACUCGAAUUUACAGUAAAGUCAAUGAAAAGGUUUGCAGUUUUCCUGUAAAAUUGAUCACUUAGUUGGGAUGUAUAGUGGAAAAUUGUUCUUAGAUUGCAAUUUCCUGUCAUUUUAAAUGUUAUACAACCUCUAAAGUCGUCUUUACAGUGUUGGUAGUAACUUCAGUACCAUUACUUAAUUGGCACGGACAAGUCAAAUGUAAAGAAAUCUUUUUUAUUGGCUUUAGUUGGAAGGAAAGGUUGUUGGAUGUGGAUCCCAUUAUGAAACAAUCUUGUUCAAAAACAGGGUCUCAGUUGAUGCUCAGACCCCAGCUGAGUAGAGAGAGGGGCACACAGGCGGGUUCAAAGGUAGAGGGAGAAUGCACAAAAAGAACUACCUCCUCUAACCUGAUGUUAAGAGAUAAAUAACACAACUAUCCCGCAGCUAGUGCGAACUCUGGAAGGUGUUUUAGAUUUAAGGUCAUUACACACUGGGACCAAUGCAAAUAUCCGAUGCGAAAUUAUAAGGGGGGGGGGGCACGCCUGUGGUAGAAGCAAGAAGACUGACACAACAGCAGACUGACUGUUUUUCAGUUCUGAUUGGACACGAGUGUUAAGAUGACUGUCUGUCAUGAUAGCAUGAACUGAGUCGGGGUCAGUGCCAGAUAAGCGCAUUAAACUAUAAUCCAUAAAUGUAAGGUAACAACCGAGACCUAAUGGUGCUGUGACAGCAACGCGAUUGAGUUUGAGACAGUGAAAAAACAUAUGGUAUGUUGUAUCUGAACAGGUUAGCUUACGAGCUAAAGUUACUUAGCACAGAUGAAAGUUAAAACAAAGACGUUUAGCAAACUGUUAAAGCACACAAACUAUUGUCAUAUGAAAGAUCCGAUUCGAUGACCCUUCUCAAGUUGUCCUUCAGGUCCAUAUCUUUGUAAUAUUUGUGUUUUUUUUUCAAAAAGCACUCUGUUCUCCGACACAUAAACGAUCAGCCAGUCGGCCAUUUUGGAUAUACCGGUGAAUCAGACGUUGCAACUACAUGCAAUCUGAUUGGUCAGAAGUGGACACACAGUAUGCGAAACUUAAGAAAAAUCGACCAUGAUCCGAAAAAAUAAAUGCCGCAAUAUCACAGGACGGGAAAACGUCGCUGAUGUGAAUGCUUGUAUUGACAGGAUACAGGGUUCGAAAAAAAAUAUUGACGGCAAAAAAAAAAUUGCACAAAAAAAAGCGCUUGCAGUGUGUAAGGACCUUUAGUCUUUGGAUUAAAAUGCUUUUUAAUUUUCGUCACGUUUUAUACACCUUGAAUCGUGGAGACAGAAAGGAUUACAGUUCACUAGUUGCAGGCACAAAAACACAAAAACAACCCUGCACCCCUCAGCUAACUUAGCCUGCUACACGAUGGAUUAGAUCCUCAGCAGUAAAAAUAUGACUGAUUUUAAAUGCAAAACUUUCAACCUAAAACAAUCUUGUUUUGUCAUAGUCCAGUUCAUGAAAAGAAAACAUGAAUUGAAAUUUGAAAAUCACUCUAGAAGUACAACUUCUGUGUAUUUUUCAUGCUGGUGACAGAGAAUAAAGCCCUGAGCUUAUCGUUUUCAGGUGAGAUGCGCUGUUCCUGCUGGUGAUCUGAACAGUCAUCUAUUAAGAGCUGCAAACAAGAUCGGGGGUUUAGCACACCAAACUGAACAGAGCCACAUCUGAAAGCCCCUGAUCGUCAUUUCUGUACCUGCUGGUUCUACCAUCGUCAUAUUAGAAACUCUGCUCUCCUCUUGUAAUACUGGAGUCAGAGAUCAACUCCACUUUGCACCCAAUCCUACAUGGGCCAUUUGUUAGCAGCAGAGAACAGUGCAUAAUCAUCUCUGGAGACAGAUUCUCUGCACCACGACCACAAGCUUGUCAUUAGCGUAUCUCUCAACACCAACAUCUCAGAGAAGCGGAGACAGUAAAUACAUCAGCCAGUCGCAUAAGUUCAUUACUGAGACCAGGAAUCAACCACACACCGGAUCUCAUAGGGGAACGAAGUUAGCAGCCACCAGUACAAUACAGAUGGGAGGAGUCAGGGAGGAAGUGAGGCUUGUUAGCGGGUUUGUGUCAGGAUUCAUUUUCCAGCAGGAUGGUUGUGAUUGUGUGUGGUUGUUGUGCGCACUGAUGCUUGUCGAGCCAUUUCUGUGGUACAAUCAAGGAGGCUGCCAUGGAGCUAUUUCUGGACUAGAGAGAGGGGGAAAGCCUGUAGCUCUUUUCUCGCUUCCUUACCUCCCACUCUUUUUUUAUCUUCAGCUCUCUUUCUUUGCCUGUCCUUCUAUUCUCACAACGGGGAGCUGCGGGAUGUAGAUAAAUCCCCAGAGAGCUCAAACAACAGGGAACCGUAGAGAGGAGAGGCUUACAGUCUUGUGUUGUGACAGUUUAAGACACAUUAUGUUGGGUUAAUGGGGUAUAAUGUGACUGAUGGAGGGGAAAACUAGCUUGAGGCUUAUUUUUGUUCAUAAAAUGCAAAUUAGAGGAGUUAGAAGAGCUAAAUGUAUCUGUCUAAAUGUCAAAACGUAACAUUUUUAGACUCAACUAACCAGUUUAUCUGUUUUCUUCUCUGCAGGUGUAAACAGGUCAUCCCCAAACUGGACCCACCUCCGCCCUCCUUGAACCGAAAACGGGCCAGCAGGACAUUAUCCCCUGGCUCAGAGGUCACAGCUGUGUUCACCCCCUCGGAGGCCACCGCUAUCGAGACUGCCCCCAGCCGCAGCAGCAGCCUCUCCUUCCCGGACGUCACCCCCAGCUCCUUCUCGUCCGCCGACUUCCACUCCCUCAGCAACGGCGAGAGCAGCUCCGAGGACUCAGGUGUCCGCUCGGAGACCAAGUCCCUGCUGUCGCCUCUGAGAGAUGACGACGAUCUGUUCGGGGACCGCGGGACAUUUAUGACGGCGUCCAGCGGCUGUGACAGUCCGCUGGAGGAUGGAUGUGAAGCAGGUUUCCCCUCCUCUGAACCCUCAAAUUCGGACACCUGUGAGCACCCGCAGCCCUUCUCGUCACCCAUGAAUGAAACCUGCCUUCACAUCAGUUUUUCAGAGGAUGAGUUGCUGGAGAGCAACCAGGAGGACGCUGAUAUCCCACAGAGGAGCUAAACGGAGACGCUCCACUGUGCUCCAAUCAGAUUUUAAUGCAAUACUUCUUAUCAGACCCUUCUAUGUUUGCACUGGGAACCUUAAUUAUUCCGUCCACUUGUGACACACUACAGAGAAACUGUAGCAUAAACCAAUUACUGAAAUAAUCCAUCAUAUGAAUUACUAGCCAACGUACAGAGUUAGUAUUUUUGUAAUGAAUUUAAUGAUUUAAUUUACUUUUAGGGGCUAGAAUGUUUAAGCAGAAUACAUGUAGCAGGUCCUGCACUGUUAAGGUCACUAGUAAUUUACGGUAGAGUUCAAAAGCAAUGAGGGAACACGUUUUAUUUUUGCUAGUAGCCAAGAUGAAAAUGUUAUUUUGUAUGUAUGAUGCUUCACUGAGGCGCAAAGACAAAGAGACGCACAAUGGUGGUGAAGAUGUUCGGGUGUUGGGAAAAGCCUUGUCUUCUGUGAAGCACCUCACUGAAGAAUGUUUGGAAAGAAAAGAACAAGAAAGUGAGAGAAGAGGAAAAUAGGGAUGAUGGAUAGUUUUUGGUUUAUACACAUCCAUUUGAGGCUGUGUAGUAUGUUUUUGUUUACCAAGGUUGAGCGGGUUUUAGUAUGUUUGAUGCUACUUCUGUUGGGGUUUUACAGCGCGGUCAAAGUAGUGAGAUAGCUGAAUGUUUUUUAAAGUCUGCACUAGAUUGUUUGAUUAAUGGAUUUAAUCCUUCAAAAUAGAAGAUAUCCACGUGAAAUGCAGGGUUUGAGGAAAGUACAAGAAGAGCAAACCAUCAAAAACAUCCACUCAAAGAGCUCAUGACCUUUAAAGCUGAGGGUCACAGCUGUUUGAGUGGAUAGUCUGUUAUGAAAUAAAACCACAUACUCGGUAAGUGGAUAUGGGGCUUUUUUUUUCCUCUGUAUGCUCUCACUUUGAGAAAUCCUGAAAAAUGCGCAGAUUGUUUCAUUUACAGCCUUAAAAGAAAACUCCGGCUGUUGCGUUUAUAUUUUGCCUUUAUGUGUAUGGAUCCUGCAAUAAUAGAGAUGCAUGAUAUAGAUUUUUUAAAACCACCAAUUCAGGCUGAAAUCACCUGUUAAUGCACAAAAAAACAAGGAAUAGCUCUGACUUCAAAUUUCAUUUUUAUUAUAUUCUGUUCUAAAUGAAUUAGCAACAUCUCAAGAAAUGAAGCUGAUGUGCAUGUGCUAAAACUGCAGUUCCUUGAGUGUCCACUAGAGGCUGGCUCCAUGCGGACCAGACACCUAAUACAGACUGGGCCAAAAAAAAAAACCAAACAUAUUUUGGGGGUAAAGAUGAGGUCCAUUUCGUAUCCUUUCUAUGUUCCAAAUAUGCCAUUGGUUGGUGUAGUCUUUGAAAGGAAAAAAUGGGUAAUCGACUUUCGUUAAUUCAGUCCUGAGUAAGUUCCUGCAGUUUUCAAAUAUCUGCUGACUCAGUUUAUUGUUUGUCAAUGCUUGUGGCUACUGCUACUUUAAAUUUUCUGUGUACAACUUUGUUCUAUUGUUGACUUUUUAGGUGACUUCUAGGAUUUGUGGUCCAAAACUUAAGGACUUGCAUGUUUUAAAAAUUGCAAUCAUGUUUUCUAACCUGAAACAGUAAAAAAACAAAAAAACACCAGGGUCACCAUUUUAACUCUUGGCUGCACUCUCUUUUCUACAAGAAAGUAACAGCAGAUCCAAAACCAUCACCCACAGUGUGGAAACAUGUAAUAAUAAGUACAUGCAACUUUAAUUAGUUGUUAUGAGCAAAUAAAAUGAUCAUAAAAAUGAAUAAAAACAAAAGUAGAUUAAUGGAAAAAUGAAGAAAAAAUAGAAAGAAAUCAUCUCAUCCCAUUAUUAUCCAAUAAUAAUUUAUUGGAUUGAUGUAUAAAUCAUGCAUCUCAAAUCUGAAAUAUAGUUUUCGCUUGAUUAAAUACAAGGAAACAUAAAAAAAUGUUGUUUGCUCUUACAGAUCUGUGUCCGUACUGUGGAUAUCUCUCUGUUAUUUGGCUGACAAAUUCUGUAAAUAGUAGAUGACUUUUAGAGACAUGACAAAUAAGACGGCAGACAAUUGAAUUUCCCUUAAGGGAUCAAUAAAGGUCUUCUUAUUCUUAUAAUUUCUUUAGUUAAGCACCAAACCCAUCCAAAUGUACCAGAAUAACUUGUUCCAGUAAGUGAAAUGAACAUGUGGAGGUGUUUCCUCUUUGACAUGUAUGUGAUAAGAUUUUGCAGCAUUGUAACAGUUUUUUUUUUCAGCUGUUAUGCGCACUAGUGUGAUCUCUGACAGGUAGAAGUGCCGACAAAUGGCCGUGAGGGGAAAAGCAGCAGAGGCGUUUGAAGAGGAGGGAGUGUAAAGGUGCAGGUGCAGGUGUGAAGCAUUUUACACCCGGGGACGAGGCUUUUCUCAACGUCACGUGUGGUGAGGAGCUGUGAGAGCAAUAACACAAGGAUGGAAAAAAAAUAAAUAAAAGGACUAGUGGAAGAAUAA